AUGGUAAGAUUUUCAGCAGGGUAAGAAAAAACUAAUGUGUAUAUAAGCAGUUGCAAUAGAUGGCGUGAACCAAGAAACGUGAGAAAAAGAGGAGGCAAAAGGAACCAUGGAAGGAGAGGAUGGGAAAUCGGAGGAGGAAAACAAUAUCAUAAAAUUGUUAUUUUUUUUUUCUAUUUCAGAGUUUUCUUCUUUCUGGUCUUUGUAUUUUUUCGUUCAUUUCCCAGAUAUAGAAUUGUAUUAGAAACGCAAAUAAUAUAAUAAUAAUAUAAUAAUAAUAUUUAUAUAGCGGUUUACAAAAAGAUAAAACAUUAAAAUCAAGGAAAGCCAACAGCCACUCUUUUAAAACACUCUAAAGUUAAAAGUAUCUGUGCCCAAGUGAGAAAAUGGCCGCCCCUUCACUGCCCCAUCUUUCCCAGAACCUUUUGGGAGGGAAUUUCCCAUCAUGCCCUUCUUCCCCAGCAUCCUUGGGAAGAGGCAAUUUCCCAGCAUCCCUCUGGGGCUUCUGCCUUCGCAGCCUUCUCUCCCCUCCUCCCCCUGAGCCAGCCCGUUGCUAGGACGCUCUUUCCCCACCUUCUUCCCGGCCUCUGUUUGGCUGACAGGCCCACGUGACGCAGCGCUCCUUUGCCAUUGGUUCCGAGGAGCCGCGUGGCUUUCAACCCGCUGGAAACCCGAAGGGAGGGGCCGGAGCGGGACUGCCGUUGCUAGGCGACGGGGAGAGGGAGCGCGGCCUACUCCUCUCCGAAGCCUCGGGAAGCGGAGCAGGUAAGCCGGGUCGGUGGGUUUCCCUUACCCCGAAGCCCGAGGGAAUUGGGAGCAGGAGCAGGAGAGGGUUUCCCGAAAGAAAGCUGCGUCUUGCGGGCUGCAGACCCCGGUGGCUGUGACGUGGGGGGAGGGGGAGGGAAAGGCACUCUGCACAUGCUCAGAGGGGUGUUGGUUUUCCUCCCGGCACCUUUCCCGCCCCCUUCCUCUCGCCUCAAGACUGCUCCACGACGGGCAAGAAAUUCAACAGGUGAGGUAUAGCCUCUCUCUGCGGAGCAGAGCCUCACCUGUUGGGUUUCUGCCUGUGCAGAAAUGGUGCUGCAGCCAAGCUUGGAAAGUCGUAGAGGACCUCCUCUGGAAGCUGCAGCCUGGGAGCGGCUUGCACCCCCUGCAACAGGCAAAGGUGGUGGGUUUUCGAGCUCCACCCUUGGGCUACAGAUCCCAGCGUUGCAGGGAGUUGGACUAGAUGACCCUCGGGGUCCCUUCCAACUCUGCAGCUGGUUCUAUGAAACCCGGCCGCGGAGCAGCGUGUUGACAUUGUCAGGAGGAUUUUAAUAAGGAAUGGGGAAAUGUAUAAUCUAUCUUAACCAUUGUAAAAAGCUAAAAUCGUUAGUGGGAUCGGAAUAACACUGGCAGUUUAAUGGUAAAUUGUGGACAUAAUGGAGAUGCAAAAGAUUUGGAUUGUUAUAAAAGAUGCAGGAGGAAAGGACUAACAAUAGAAGCCACAAAGGGGAGGAGGGAAGUCCAGGAGAUUCUGUGGAAUCUUGUUUCUAACAUGUAGAUACGUUAUUGUAAAAUUUUAAUUUGAAAAACCCAAAUAACUAGAUUUACAAAAAUAAAAAUAAAGAAUUGUCAGGAGCUGCCAGCGGGAUGCUGGAUUCUGAAACGAGAUCAUUUUUUAUGAUUUGGAAAAGCUAAUUUUGAUGGAAAGCAACGCUUUAUUUCUUAUGUGCUGUUUUUUAUAGCCCUUCACAUUGUAAUUGCAGGUUGCGCUACUACAAGAGUCGUCCGACAUUUAUGAUGGGAGACGUCCUCGCUUACGAAGCGGAGCUACUUGGAAUGGUGAAGGAGGUGUGUGUUUCUCUUCGAAGGGACUGCUUGUUUAACAUUUGCUGAACUUGUGCAGUUUGGUCCAGAAUUGCUGAGAUGAUGAUGAUGAUAAUUUUAUUAUUUGUACCCUGCUCACCUGGCUGGGUUGCUAGUCAAAAGCAUAUUAAAACAUCAAACCUUAAAAAGUAAACAGCACAAUUUUUGUUUCGUUUUGUUGUUGUUUUUAAGAAAAAAAUGUGAUUUUAAUUUUUAUCAUCUACAAUACUGUCUUAUUUAUUUUGUAGUACGUACAGUACAUUGGUUUUUGCUUUCAUUUUAUGGAUCAAUGGUCUCGUUAGAUAGUAAAAUUCACAUUAAAUCAGCACAAUUUUUGUUGAUGCGAAAUCGUCCUACAACGUCUCUUGAAAAGAUAAUCAAGAUACAAAUAAUAGAAAAUACAGAACUGAACCUCAAAAAGUAGGUUUAAGGCAGAAAAUUGGGUGGUGGUGGGGAAUGCAGAUGAUUACUGCAAUAUAUAUAAAUAUGGUAUUUUAAUCGUUCCCAAAAUAGGAACAUAUAUGAGGCCUAUAACAUAUAAAUGAAGUCUGAAAUGCAGUCAUCUAAUUCAAAGAACCAACAGUAAUCCUGAAAACCAAAGCUCUUAUGACCAGCAAUAAUACUGAGAACCAGACACAUUUCAACCCACUAGGGAUCUUCCUCAGUGGUCAAUAUACAAACCUCAAUGCAGUCACUGGAAGUGAAUCAUUAGACUGGUCUGUAUAGACAUCAUGCUCUGAGCUUAUCUUAUCCAUAGAAUUUGUGUGCACGUACAAUAAGUCUGAAAAUGUAUAGGUUGAUAUGGAGGUCAUGUUUUUCUAGUGCCCAGUCAUGUGUAUUGCUAUGGCUUUCUCCAGUUUUCUACCUAUCAAAGGUCAGGCAUCCAAACAGGUUUCUGUUCUGUUGCCUUAAUCCAUUGUUGCUUGUCUUUUAAUGAGAAUUAUUGCAGAUUUUCUUCUAACUUCUUGUUUGCAGUAUUUGGAGUUUGCAGAAUUUGAAGAUACAGUGAAAACAUUUACAAAGGAAUGCAAAAUAAAAGGGAAACCAUUACCUAAAACUGGGGGUAGUUCAGUGAAGGACUCCAAGGCUCUGAUAAUUCAGGUAACAUUUCUCUUUUUUGGGAAAUUAAUGCUUCAUCUAUAUGGGAGCCCUAUUGCAGUUGAAAUCCAAGUUUUUUUUCUGCUCAGGUUUGUCUGUGGUAGUCCACACUUCACCACAUUGGUGAUCCCUUGGUUCAAAUCUGCUUUCCCCUGUCCAUGCUGGAAGGGAUUCCCAUUUGGGAUGUCCUUGCUCAUCACUUAAAGCCUACUCCUUAGUUCUGCCAAGUAGUGAACUGCCCUUCAGGUGGUUUACAGAUUUAAUUAAUUAAUUAAUAAUAGUAGUAAUAGUAAUCGUGAGCAUGUACUGUAGGGGUGAGGAACAUUUUUGUUAGGUGGUUGACAGGUGGGAGGAUCCCGCCCACCUGUCAAGGUUGGCCUUUCUGGGUUGGGUGGGGGAGAUACCCAGCAAGAUGAGCUCAGGGAAGGGGUUGGCACACCUGAACCAAGCAGAAUUGAACUCUGUGCCCAUCAGGUGGAGAGCAGUGAGGUCAGCUCUGCUUUGCCCAGGGGUUUCUUAAGUGCCUGUACCACAUUGUGCUACCUGUACUAUUUGGAUUUGGCACAGAAAUGUUGCCCUGACUUAGGUGCUCUUGAUCAGCCUUUACGCUGUUGAGCAGAUUGGUCCAUGAAGAAUCUCGGAAGGGGAUUUUCUGGAUCUGAACAGUUUCAGUAGAAGUGAUUUCAUCUUUAACAUCACGUAGGAAGUGAGAUAUUAAAUAUGUAACUUCUCUCUUUUCUUCUUCUCUUUGGAAGGAUCUACUAACGUCCUUCACUGAUGGAGACCAGGAUGUUUUCUUUGAACUGUGGGAAGAAAAUAUUCCCUCCUCAAUCCGAGACAAUGAAGCUGUUGCUCAGAAGCUAGAGUUCUAUCUUCACAUCUAUUUUGCCAUCUAUCUGUUAAAGCACAGUGUAGGAAAACCUGUAUGUUUCUUUGUUAAAUAAAUUUGUCCUUGUAGAUUUUUACUCUUAUUUUUCUUAAGUGAGUGGAGAAGGCGGUGAUUCAGUCAACAGCUGAGAUAAAUAACCCAUUGCUUUCACCCCUUUUCCAGUUUCAGUUAGGCUUGUGGCUUUCGCCUAGUUCUCACUAAGAUGGUCAAAGUGUCCAAGCUAGAUCUUCUGACUAUGUGCUCCUCUAUACAAACAAUAAAAUUAAAAACCCCUCUAUAGAGAAAAUUAGAUGUCAAAGAGAAGGGUUCUAGCUAACCCUGACAGCUUGGCUUUCUUUGUAGAGGGAUUUUUUUAUUUUUAGGAUCAUUCAGUUGGGAGCUCUCACCUGCAGUUCAUAAUGGUUCAGUCUAGAUCUAGACUUCAUUCAGGGAUGAAUGGCUGCUAGCCACAGGCUUAUGGGAUUACUCCUCCCCUUCUUGUGUAUAGGAGAGGAGGAGAUUAGAAGCUUCUGCUUCUGCCUACCAACAAAUCAUAGUUAGCCAACAGAUUUCCCAGACUAUGGUUUGAUCCUGGUGGGGCAUCCUGGUUUGUGGAUAAGGAGAGAAGCGAGUGCAUAGACCUUAGUCUCCAUGGUGCCCAUUCCUGAUCCUCGAAACCAUGGGUUUACCAUGUGAGUAACAAACAAAUCCUGCCAACCUAGCAGUUCGAAAGCACAAAGUGCAAGUAGAUAAAUAGGUACCGCUCCGGCGGGAAGGUAAACGGCAUUUCCGUGCGCUGCUCUGGUUCGCCAGAAGCAGCUUAGUCAUGCUGGCCACAUGACCCGGAAGCUGUAUGCCGGCUCCCUCGGCCAAUAAAGCGAGAUGAGCGCCACAACCCCAGAGUUGGUCACGACUGGACCUAAUGGUCAGGGGUUCCUUUACCUUUACCUAACAAACCUUACGAUGCACUCUUAAACACACUAGGGAAUAAGCCGCACUGAACACAGCAUGCAAAGGAUUUCACCGAGUCCUGUCGCCUGUUAUGCAAGUGUAAAGUACUUUUGGGUGAGUUGCAUUCCCAAAUUCUUGCUCCUUCAUGCCCUCCCGCAUGGCAAGAUGGUUAGGUAACUGUGUCUCCACAGGAGUCACUGUUUGCUCAGCAGUGACCAAUGGACAGAUAAAGUUUUUACCUACUGUUUAGGAUUAGUUUGAAAGGAAGCAAUAUAAGCUUAAUAGUACUUGUGUAGCACACAGGUAAAAAAAUUAGGGCAGUCUGUUUUGGCAAUAAAGCACCAAAAUAUCCCAGUGGUUCUGAAGGGUCAGUUUGGAUGGCUCAAUAAGAUCACCUGCAGGCUGCCUGCAGUAUUUAAUAGGUGAGAAUUGAUGUCUUCUAGAAAUAGAGAGUCUUGCUGUGUGAUCCUUUGCUUUCUCUUUGUUUGGGUCCCUGCUCAAUUUAAACUGCUGGACAGGUGUUAUUGUGUUUCUGGCUACUCAAAAUUGCAGGUAUUUAAAGAUAUUUUGUCAAAAAAGCUGGAGAACAAAAUACUUACUGCAUCUCUACUGCUCCCAGUAGAUCUGAAAUAAUACUAAAAAAAAUCCCAUUGUUGGUUUCGCUGGAAGACUGCUGUGCCGUUUCUGAAACCAGAAAAACGUGAAGAGAUUAGAAACUUGAUAAUAGGCGAGAUGCAAGUUGCAGAAGAAAACACAGUAGUUGUGUUUAAUAAUGCUUAGGAUUUACAUAGUCUUUUAGGUUUGUUGAAAAGUACUUCACGUAUAUUAUCUUAGUAAUGCUUCCAACAACCCAGAAUUUUUGAUUAACACUGCAUUUGUAGUUGAGGGGACUGAGGCUAAGAGAGGGAGACUAAUUAAGUCCACCUAGUGAAUUUGUGGUAGAUGAGAAAGAUUGGAAUGGUGGACUUCCUGAUUGGUGGCUAGGCAGCCCCUGUGCUUUAGUAGUGCAAUCUGCUUCCUCCAUUUCUGCCGUCCUGGUUCCAUGCACAUCGCUUAUGGGAAAGAGUGACUCGCAUAGAACCCAAGCAUCUGGUGUGGCGUUUGAGGAUAAAAUAAGUUUGGAGGCCUCUGCACCAACUGAUAUAUAAAACCAAGAUGCCCACCACGAGUUCCGUCAUGCUGCUUUCCAGGUUGCUGACUUGUGUUUCUUCGUUGUUUUUUUAGAACAAAUCAGCUUUGGAUGAAAGGGUUGCACGUUUUAAAACCUAUUUGGAGACCAAAGGGGCAGCACUGAGCCAAACUACAGAGUUCCUUCCAUUCUAUGCCCUACCGUUUGUUCCCAACCCUAUGAUCCACCCAUCUUUCAAAGAACUUUUCCAGGUAUGUACUGAGUGGCUGCUAGUCAUGGGGGCUGAAUCCUGCCCUCAGGAUCAGCAGCAAUAGGAUUUGGGAUAUUUGUUUAUCUUACUCAUUUAACAGAAAUUCUAUACUGCUUAACUGCAAAAAAGCCCAAAAUGCUUUAAGGGUUUUCAAAGAAUACAAAAUAUACAAAUUAACAAUAACAUCUGCUGCUACGGGUAGAUGGGACUGUUGAAGGUUGGUUGCUGCACUUCAGUAUAGAUAGGUGAAAAAAUAAAUGAUUAAAAAAUGGUCAUGAAAAAUCUUUAAAAUUCUUAAAAAUGAGAUUAUAAAACAAAAUUAGUAAAAUCAAUAUUCAAAUAUAUAUAUUCUAAGUGAACAUUAUAGAUUAAAAUACAUGUCACCUUUACAUGUUAGGUAUGCUUGCCUAAACAGAAAGGUAUUUAGCAGGCAACGAAAGGAUUCCAGCGAAGGUGUCUACCAAACGUAAGCAGGCAGGGAAUUCCACAGUGUAGAAGCGGCCACCAGUCCCUGCGAGGAAGCUGUAAGAAACAUUAUGCUGGACUAGGGAGGCCUUUGGUCUAAUCUUACAUUCCAAAUCACAAGGAAUGGUGAAUGAUGGCUUCUUUGUCAGGAGUGGGGAAUGCAGUAUUAAUUUUUAGCUCAGCAAUGCUUUAAAAUUGUGGAAUCCCCAAAAUUGUUGAAGAACCCCAGGUGCCUGACGGAUCAAAAUAUGUUAAAAGAGUUGCCAAAGAAGAGAGAAAAACAGCCAGGGUGCAAGCUGUUCAUUGCCUUUAAAAUCCGCUUGCUGAGUCUGCUGCAAAAAUGGCCACCUCUUCUUGUCAGUAUGUCAGAAGGCCAGCUGUGACUGGAUGUGAAGGAGCUCUCUCUGGAGGCCAUUCAGCAUCUGGCGUUGUGGCCAGAAAGGCCUUCUCCCACAUGCUCUACUGUUGCGUCUCAGGACUCACACUUCCUUUUGUCCCACUGCUUUCCCCCAGGGAAAACUGCUCUUCAGCGCUCAGUCAGAGCAAACAGCAAUUUGGGUUUUCUUCAGAUGGAUGUUUGCUCCAGUUUAGCACUAAAGAGUGGGUUUUCCCUGGGAAAGGAGCGGGGCAAGGGGGAAACUUCUCUGUCUCGUGUUUUCUAGGCUUAGGAACAUGGACAAGAACUUAAAAUUAUUGAUCUGAAUAGCUGGCUAGGUACAUAGGAGUCCAUCUCCUGAUUCCAGACUGUUUAGGGUCUGACAGGUUAAAAUUAGCACUUUUUGGACUUGCGAACAAAUUGAUAACCAGAUCAGAUGGUUUAAUAUUGAAGGAAUAUGUUCAAUAUGCUUUUUCCCAAUUCAAACUCUGAUGGAUCUGUUUUGGACCAGUUUCCAAGUAUUUUUCAAGGGCAGCCUCACAGAGACCACAGUACCCUAUCCAAGUUAGCUGUUACUAAGACCUUUAAAGACUGUGACUCAUUAGGACACAAUCCACUUAGAUUUCAGUAUACACAAAUGUCAACAAGGUUUUCCUGUGCAAGGGCUUCUGUGCAGCUCUUAUCAUUUCAACAAAGUUUGCAAAAGAGAACUUCAUGGUGGUUUCUGCUCCUACAGAAUUGCCCUACUGUAGCUUAAGUGGCCCAUCCACGUUUGCAAUCCUCUUAAUAAAACUACCAUGGCCUCUUCUACAUAAAACUACCCCAAAUUGUCUGCUAUUCUUUGCAUUUCACCAGGAGCCAUGUUUUAAGUGACAUAUUCCUCGCUUUUUGGCUUGCAAAACGCUGGUAUGUGUUGUAGAAAAUUGCUGUACAUAUUUGAUAAACAGUUCUGCUUUGUGUGUUGCUUUUCUAGGAUUCUUGGGAGUCUGAUCUAAAAAUGAGGUUGGAAGAAUUCCUGUCUGCAUCUCUAAAAGCCAGCAAUACCCCAAGACUUCUGACUCUCUAUGUAUCCUUUGCAAAAUGCUCUAAAGAUAAUUCACUGCAAUUUAAUCCCUUUCAGGGGAGCAGUGAAAUUAGUGGAGCUGUCAGCCAGUUAAUGAUACUCUGUAGCCUGUGUAUAUUUACUUGGGGAAAAGUUCUGCUGGGAUCAGCAUUAUACUGCUUUCAAGUAGGCUGCAAUCUGGUGUAUUUUUAGAUGAUUAAUUAGAUAUAUUUGUAUUGAUUAAUCAUUGCAUAAGCUUUUCAGAAUCUGGGCCUCAUCUAUACCUUGAAUGCUUUAUGAAACACCUGAGGGCAACUUACACAAGGGGUGGGGAAACCUUUUGGCCCAGUGGGCCAGAUAUUUUAUCUCCUCCUGUGGACCAGUGUUGGCAGGUGUGCAGGACCACUUACUGGUCAAUCAUCUGAUGCCAUAAUGAUGUAAGACAGCUGAGAUUUGUAAAAGCUUUGCACAGUGCUUCCCAAACACCUAAGCACCAGCUGGUUGUCAGGCUCUUGGGAAGUACUGAGCACAGCAUUUGCAAAGCGCCCUGCACGGAGCACCUGACAUACCUGACAAUCAGCUGGCUGCCAAGUGCUUGGGAGGCGUUGUGCAAGGUGCUUUGCAGGUACUCGCAGUCAGCAGUGCCUGCAAAACCCCUUUUGGCCAAGCUGAAAUAUGAUGUCUGGUGUAGGGCAGGUGAGCGUGGCUUGACUGAAAUGGCCACGCAGUCCAAAUCUGGCUCACAGACUGGAGGUUCUCCAUCCCUGGUUUAGAGUCAAGCAUAGUUUAUUUGGAAGGGAUUCCAUAACCAUGGGGCCACCACUGAGAAGGCCUCCUUUUUGUAAAGAAAAAGUUGACCAUCCUCUGCCCACCAAAAACCUCUCUGCUAUAAAUUGUGCCUAUUUGUCCCCGAUCUGCACAAGAGGACUGGCAGGUGGCCUUUCAAAGAUACGAUGCUGAGGUAGCUUACGUAGUUCCAACCUCAAUGACUGCUUAAACUGGCAGAGCUGAAUUAAAAGCCUCUGGGACUGCACUGGUGUAUGUCUUCCCUCUCUUUCAUCCUCCAAAGAGAAACAUGCAGUUAAGGUAUAUACUUCUAAAUGUUUGGCACGUACUUAUAUGUUUGUUUAUAGUGGGUUGCCAUGAUUUAGAAUCAAGUGGCUUUUGCCUGAGACAAGUGUCCCUGCAUGAACCUUCUGUUGGCUGCUCAGAUCCCAGCCAUUGUCUGGUGGAAUUUUAUGAGACAGUUCCCAAGCCUUCAGGCUUGUUUACAUACCUAGGAAGAACCAAGGAUCCCAAUGCAUUCCUCAUUUUAUUAUGCAAAGUUUGCUGCAUCCUUAGGGAGAGGUUGUCACUCAGCAAUGAACCGUAUGGAAGGUCCCAAUUUGUUAUUUGUUUUAAUUUUUUUAUUAGGUACUUCAACAAAACAUAUUAAAACAUAUCAUCCUUAAUUUUCCCCCUCUCCCCUCCCUCCCAUAAACAACCCGCCCGCCCCGCCCCCACAACUUCCCUCAGUUCCAAUCUCUGGUUUCUCUAUAAGUACUAUUCUCUGCAUGUUACAGAAUUGUAUAAGUCCUUAAUUUAUCUAACUAAUUAUUAUCAAUAAAAAAAAUUGUGAGCGUUUAUUCAAAGCCUGCCAAGGAGUCCAGUUCACUUUGUUGCGUCUUUAGGUACUUUGUAAAAGGUUCCCAUUCCUCUUUAAAGUCACAGUUAUCCUUGUCCCGUAGUUUAUGUGUCAAUUUUGCCAGUUCUGCAUAGUCCAUCAGUUUCUCUUGCCAUAAUUCUUUAGUCGGGAUUUCCUCAGUCUUCCAUCCUUGUGCUAUUAAGACUCUCGCCGUUGUUGUCGCAUACAUGAAGAUGUUUUUCAUCUUUCCCUACAGUUCCUAACAAAAAUGCUUCAGGUUUUUUAACAAAUGCUACAUGGAACAUUUUCUUCAAUUCAUUGUAUAUAAUUUCCCAAAAUUUCUUAAUUUCAUUACAAUCCCACCACAUAUGGUAAAAUGUCCUCUCCUUUUUCUUACACUUCCAACAUAAAUUUGAACUGGUUUUCAUUUUUCCUAACUGCACUGGUGUCAUAUACCAUCUAUAUACCAUCUAUAUAUCAUUUUCAUAUUUAAAAUCAAAUUUCCAUAACCUUUCCCAAUCUUCCACCAUAAUGUUAUGACCUAUAUCUUGUCCCCAUUUGAUCAUGACUGAUCUUACCUCUUCAUCUUUCGUCUCCCAUUCUAGCAGUAUGCUGUAUGCGGCCUUCAAUAGUUUCACUUUCCCUUCGAUCACUUCUUUUUGAAACCUAGAUCUUGUAUAGCUGAACCCGGAAGGUCCCAAUUUGGAUCCCCAUCGGAAGAAGGUCUCUAGUGGCAGGGCUGACUGAGAGCAGGGAGAACAGCUGCCAGUCAGAGCAGAGUCUGCCAUGCUAAGUGAACCAGUCAGUGGCCUGGCACACUGUAAGGCUCCUUGCAUUUGUCUGAGUUGUUAUUUCUCACGCUUAAAAGCAAAUUUCUAGCAUGUCUUCCAGCUGUGUCUUACCUCAGUUGCGAAAGCUUGUACCCUUCAUGCUUCGUUUGUCUGAUUUGUCUUAAUUUCAUUUCAUUCAUGGGGGCCCAUUAGCCAAUACUGUCAGGUGGAGAUAUUGUAGCUUACACUUUGCAUGCAGUAGUGGAUUCCACUUUCAGUCCCUGGCAUCUGUCAUUACAAGGACCCAGGGGCAGGUGGUGAGAAGGCCUUCCUCUUCCUGGAACUCUGGUGACUUGCCUUCACCAACGUGGUGCCCUCCAGAUGUUUUGGACUACAGCUCUUGUCAACCCUGGCCAGCAUGACCAUUGCUGACCAGACUAAAACAUCUGGAGAGCAGCAGGUUGGCAAAGUUUGACUUCAUGCAAAGGUCCAUUAAACUUGCUUGGGUCGACAACAUCCACCUCUUAUUCCCUGCAAGUUUUCCAGAAGCAGACAUCAGACGCUUACAAAAGAAUAAGAACGACAAGAGAGUCUGGGGAGACAGAUAAUUUGAAACUGAGUUGAGCUAUAGUGCAUCACCUUUCACUUAACACCACAUGUAGAAAAUGUGUGAAGGAGCUGGCGUGGACCAGCAUUCUCGCAGGGCUUUGAACUAACCGUAGUCUUGCUGAGUCUUGGUUCUCCAUCUGUAGGAUUUACAGGGGUUUUUGUCCUUAAAAAGUGCUACGAGAUCAACGAGGCACCAGUCCAUUUUCUCUCACUGUUCACUGAGCGCUUCUUUUCCUUAGCUCUCAUUCUCUCCCACGGCAGAAGGAGAACGCACAGUGCAGCCAAGGUAAAUAAGCAGGCUUUCUGGAGAUGACAUGUAUAUUCUCUUUUGGAAUCAGAAUGCUUGUCAUAUGGCAUUAAAAUGGUGAUUAUAUUUAGGCUCUGAGCAUUUUUACACAUGAGGCUAAAAUGUUUGGGCGGUAUCCAGUUAAAGUGUUCCAUCAGCACAAGAAUGUACACUUGGGCAAUGGACCCCCUCCCCCAUUUGCACACCCUGCGCCUUGCCCAGAUCUGCUCCACACAGCAGAGCCCUGCCUGCCUGCCUGCAGAACCCCACCACCCAGCAAAUAAUGCAUUCCCUCCUAUUGAGCUUCCAAAAAGAGCACUUACAAAAACAAUGCAACUGGGAAUUGGUGGGUGAGUUUGCUUUUUCCUCCUCCCUCCCAAUCCAUUUUUCUUUUGCGUUGCACCUUUUACAUUAAUAAGCCUCAGAACAAAAUUUGGCUGAUGAGCAAAAUAAAAAUACUAUAUAUAAGCAGUCAAACACAACACUGGACUAAAUGGUGGACUCCUAAUCUAAUGCAGCAGGGAAAUCCUUCCAUUAAUAUUUAUUAAUGUCUGGAGCUGCCCCAACUAAGCCUUUAAACAUGUUCAGAAGCGCAUUUAAUUAUUGAAGUGUAUAUGUAAUUUUUAAUUCUUUGAUAACUACUAUAUAGUGUGACUCUUUCCACGGAAAAUGUCCCUUCCCAUCCAAUCUAUUGUUACAAUCACAUUUUAGUUUUUGUCAAUAGUUAUAAAAGCCGGAGACACAAAAGAAAUCUGGUUUAGAAAGCAGUAGGUUCUUCCGAGCUUUGCCAAGACUAGGGGAGCCUGGAAAAAUCAAGUUUCUCAGUUGUGUAGGACAAAAUACCUGGUAGGCAAUUGAUGGCUGCGGUUGCAUGGUUCAUUUUGUUGUCGGAACAAAAUCAAAACGAAAUGCUUUUCAACUGGGGGGAAAAUUUGACUGAAAUGUCCUUGGAAAUCCUCUUAAUUUUUCUGGUCUGCUGAAGCUGAUGAAACUAAAACAGCAGAGCUGGGAGUGGAAAGCUGUUUUUGACCUGACUUUAGAGUUUCUUCAAUAGAUUUGGAGCUUUAGGAGCUCUCCAGUGCUAUCUUAUCAUUGUCAACAGAAGCAAGAUUGAAAACCAGCCUAGUACUGUAAUGAUUUCAUUUUUGCUUGCCUCUUUUUGCAGCAAUUUGAACAGCUGAGAAAGUUUCAGGUUCAGUAUUGGUGGGGAAGGUGGAGGUUGAGAUUCAGACUGGUCACAGUGGUUUUGUAAGUGGUCAGUGAGCUUCCUCUAAGCAAGGGGCUCUGUACAUUUUCUGGGAAGAAAUGCAAGUGUGAUGUAGUGGUCUGACAUUGGGGAGAAAUGUUUAAGGCACUUCUUGUAUAUUCUUGAAAUUAAAAGCUCAAUUGGUGCCAUAUAUAAGUCAUGCUUUUGAAUUCUGGUGCUGGAGGAGACUCUUGAGAGUCCCAUGGACUGCAAGAAGAUCAAACCUCUCCGUUCUGAAGGAAAUCAGCCCUGAGUGCUCACUGGAAGGACAGAUCCUGAAGCUGAGGCUCCAAGACUUUGGCCACCUCAUGAGAAGAGAAGCCUCCCUGGAAAAGACCCUGAAGUUGGGAAAGAUGGAGGGCACAAGGAGAAGGGGACGACAGAGAACGAGAUGGUGGGACAGUGUUCUCGAAGCUACCAGCAUGAGUUUGACCAAACUACGGGAGGCAGUGGAAGACAGAAGUGCCUGGCGUGCUCUGGUCCAGGGGUCACAAAGAGUCAGUCACAACCUAACGACUAAACAACAACAAAUAAGUGAAAUGCAGCUCAAGACCUUCCUCAGGGACCAUCUCUCCCCAUAUAAACCAAUGCAGACCCUGCAGUCAUCCUCUGGGACCCUUGUUUGUGUGCGACCUCCGCAAGAGGUCUGGAGGGUGGCGACAUGAGAACGGGCCUUUUCAGUGUUGGCUCCCUGUUUGUGGAAUGCUCUCCCCAGGGAGGUUUGCCAGGUGCCAUCAUUAAAUUUCUUAAGGCACCAGUCAAAAACUUUUCUUUGCAACCAGGCCCUUCGAUGCUUAACUAUCUGGGGCCUUUUAGAAGUGGGUGGGAUGUUUCCGUUCCCCUACUUGGUUUUCAUGUAUCUCUGUUUUUUGGGCUGGUUGUAAGUUGCUUUGAGUUUCUUUGGGCAAGAUAAAAUAGCUUAACAAAUUUAGUAAAAAUAGAAGAAAAGUGCAAGCAUCCUAGAGGGUAGGGAUGUGAGUGGAUUUGUGAUGGUGCAGUUGCCAGACAUCUGUGCUGUGCUGUACAAUGCUGACUUCUGAGCUCAAAUAGCAGAACCGUGGAGAGGAUUGUCCAUUUGGUAAGGAACAGUGAGUGCUUCCAUCAAUCAAGUUGUGUAUGUCUGUAUGGAUCCUAAAGUAGGUUGCAAUGCUUCUCUCCCCAUUGCCCCCCCCCCCCAAUAAAGGUUAGAACUGCUGGGUGUUUGUUGGAAGAGGCAAACACGCGUCACUUUUUGGUACUGGGAUGGUGAUUCUUGAGAAUAUACACGGCUUCAAAUGCACCUUCUAAAAGCUGUUUUAUAUCCUAGCAGAGGAGUUUUCAAGUAUUUCCUCAUGAAGUGAUUCCAUCUGGGAAAUGAAAACACCGGUUCUGUUUUAAUGCUUUGUUGUAAAGUUGAUUUCUGUGAUUUUCUUUCUCAUUUGAAUGUUCCCCAGUAAAUACUCAGCUCUGUUUACAAGUGCCACCUUAACUAUCCUGAGCAAUAGUUGCUGAGACAGAAUGUUCUAGCAGGACCGUUAAAUUGUCUAGUUUUAGAGGCAAAUAUUCUCUGUCCGCUCUCCCAUGUUUUGUUUCAGUGUUAGGGUAGUGAUGUAAUCUAGAGGUGACAGAGGACGUUCUCCCUCUCCUGGUCUAUGUCUUAUGACGGUGAGGAUAUUGUCUGACAAUUAUACUUGGUGCUGCAAAACUGAGUAAGUGCUCCCUCCUGCUCUUUUGUCACCACGUUGGAUUGUUAGCCAAAGUAGGCGCCAACAGCAUACUCCGUGUGUCCAUGUAGAUGUUAUAUAUAGUUUGUUCACUAUGCAUUUGGACUCUUCUUCAGAUACUGUGACCAAAUUUUGCAUGAUGGUUGAUGAGAUCGAGGAGCAAGUCUCUGGCUGUGCUUGGCUACAAAUAGGCACCAUUUUGGAUCGAGAUGAUGAUGAUAAUAAUAAUAAUAAUAAUACAUUUUAUUUAUACCCCUGCCCUUCCCGGCCAGAGUCGGGCUCAGGGCGGCUAACACCAGUAAAAUUACAGUAAAAACAUAAUGGGGGGGGGGAACCAAUUUAAAAUACAGGUUAAAAUGCAAUUUAAAAUGCAGAGGUGGCACACUGAACCAUUCAAAACAGCACUUAUUUUAAUCACAGAUUUCAAAACUGCACUUUUUUGUUACUUAGAAUUCAUGAGCAACACCAUGUGCAAGGCAUUGUGUGUGUGUGUUUUGCUAUGAAGGAAACAGGACUGUGUCAUUCCUCAGUAUGUCAGUGCGGUUGGUAAGGGGGAAAGGCUCGUAAUUUCCCUUUCUUCCCUUUCCCAGAGAUGCUGCAGCAGCUACAUCAGCAGCUGGUGGAGUCUGAACGCAAAACCAUGACCUACCUCAAGCGGUUCAACAAAAUCCAAGCUGACUACCACAACCUCAUUGGGGUGACAGCCGAGCUGGUGGAUUCCCUUGAGGCCACAGUCAGUGGCAAAAUGGUAAGGGGGAACUUGAGAGCAUCCACAUUUGGCAGUUGGGAUAAACCGCAUUUGCAUAUUGCCAAAUACUUCUUAUUCAGAUGGGUCUGAUGAAGGAGGCUCUUGCCUGUGAAGUCUCAUGGCUACAUAAAUUGGAAUUUAUGCAGUUGAGGCCUUAACUGGCAGUGAAUGACCAAGAAAGAGACCAUGGAGGUUGCAGUGAAUAGCAAGAUGAGGAUGUCAUUCCAGUGAGUGGCAGCUGUGAAAAAGGCAAAUUCCAUUUUAGGGACCAUUAGGAACGGGAUUGAAAAUCAAACUCCCAGUAUCGUGGUGACAAAUCUGUGCUGUUACUGCGCUUGGAAUACUGCAUAUGGGUUUGCUCAAAAAUGUUCAGAAAAAGGCAGCCAGAAUGUUCACGGGGCAGGAAAAACUUCUCUACGAAGAAGGGUUUUGUAGUUUAACGAUACACUGUAAGAUGCAGUGCUUCCUUUUUGCCUGUCCUGAAUCUCCCACCAUUCAGUUUCAGUGGCUAAUAAUAAUAAUAAUAAUAAUAAUAAUAAUAAUAAUUUAUUAUUUAUACCCCUCCCAUCUGUCUGAGUUUCCGCAGCCACUCUGGACGGCUCCCAAUCGAGUGUUAAAAACAAUACAGCAUUAAAUAUUAAAAACUUCCCUAAACAGGAUAACCAAAAGCUCUAGAGAAAGGGAGAAAAUCUUCUCCCUAUACACUUUCUCCACACCCUAACUAAUUUUUGUUCCUCUCAAUUGCUCUUUUUCUAAGCUAAGAAGCCUUGUCCCAAGGGGCUCCAAGAAAAUUGGACACCCAUUCUUUGCGAAUCUGUUUACUGUUUUAUUCUAGUUCUACCAGGUGGUGGCGCUGUUUAGUUGAGCGUUGCAUUCAAAGGAGUUUUGGAAAUGAACUGUGAGCUCAUCCGACUUUGCAUUUUAUGAUCUUGGAUUUCAUACACUUAUUUCAUACAAUGAUACAAUCACAGCGAGAGAAAAGGCUAAAUGAAGCCCAGCCCUUCUCCCCUCCUCCCCCCCCCCCAUCCCAAGGUGAGGAAGCCACAGAAUUUUAUCUUUUGAUGCAGGGUGGUUUAUAUAAAUCGAAUAAUAAAUAGAAUCUGCAUCACACAGAAUCCCACUGACAAGAGCAGGAGCCAACAGGAAUAUAAACCUCAACUUUCGAGGACAAGAGCUGCCUCCUCACUUCCAAAAUCCCAAGGGGUUACUAAGACAGUCAAGUGAGGGAGAAAAAUCUUUUCUGGUCCCAGGUAUUAUCACUGUUCAAUGAGCAUAAAGCAAAACUCAUCCAUUGAUGUGAACCUUCCUAAACAAACAAACAAAAAUGUACAGUAUUAGAGUCCAGAGUGAUUAUGGGUUAGAUCCAGACUUAGUUAGGUCACACUGCAAACCUUGCCCCAUUGAUUCCAGUGGAACCCAAGUACAACUUAGGGUUCGAGUCUUACGUUAAAACUCAUUCAAGCUUUACAUGGUCUUUACAGUAAUACCUCUGUCAACGUCCGCCUCGUCUAGCGUCCAUUCUGGCGAAUGUCCACGGCAAACCCGGAAGUACCGGAAAGGUUACUUCCGGGUUUGCCGCAUGCGCAGAAGCGCAAACUGCUCCAUGUGCAGAUGCGUCGCUUUGUCCUGCGUCCUUUUUGGCUAGUGGCCGGGGCUCCGGAACGGAUCCUGGCUGCAAAACAAGGUAUGACUGUAUUGCUAUUGACUUUUUUCCAGCCCACCCAUGUGAGCAAUCAGCCAAAUGAAAUUGGAGGGUGGCAGUUGUGACCAGGCUGUUUAAUGCAGGGACGAGAAACCUUGGCCCGCACAGGCCUGAUUUGGCCUGCCAGACUAUCUUGUCUGAGCUACACCCCCCUGCCCCAUGCAUGACAUAGGUGGUGUCUGGUGUGGGGGCGGUCAAGGUGGGGCUUGCACAAAGGGGGCUUUGCAGGGAUCUUGCACAGCACAGAAUGGCUGUUCUGCCGUACUUUUACUGACAUGACUCAAGCACUCCUAGCCUCUCCUCCCCCGUUUUUUGGCCCUCACACCUGUAAGAGCAGGGUGGCAUUCGGUCCGUUUUGGCACCUCCUUGUGCAAAUAAGUAGCCGAGGUCAAAAGAAAAUGUAAUUUCCCACUGACGUGAUGCGUUACCUUUUUUUGGUAGAUCACCCCAGAAGAUCUGCAGAGCGUUUGUGUUCGUUUAUUUAGCAACCAGAUGAGGCAGAGCGUAGCGCAUAGCAUAGACUUCACAAGGCCUGGAACUGUGAGUAUAACCUUUGGCGCUUGUCUUUGUUAAAAGGUAAAACCAUGACUCUGUGGCUGUACAAUGAUGUACCACCUAACCAGUACACUUCCCCAGCGGUGCAUAGGUCUGUGACGGUUUUGUCAUGUGCUGAUGGCCUAGAGGAAGGUCGUUCCUACCAGUUCUCAAAAAGCAGAAUGUGGUGCACCGGCAGCACUUUUACAUGUGUGGAGCACUCUCUAAAGCAACAGUUCCCAAAGACUGUCAGUGGCCCAUGAGCCAAAGUGGUCUGCUCUGUAAAGUGGUGUAGCUACAUGGAGAUGGGGGGCUCAGGUGUGUAGAGAAUGGUGGGCACAGUGGCCCCUCUGUUGAUCUUAGAACCUUGGUGGGUAGGACAGGCCAGUUGUGAUGGGAGGGUGCUCUGCCUUCCCCAGAGGAACAAAGCCAUGGCUGGUGUCGUAGGAGAAUGCCACAAUCACAUAGACCAGUAAUCACAUCGUUCAAAGAGGGAGUUAACUCUUUAUGAGCAAAAACAUGACCUUCACAGACUUGGUUGAGUGCCAGGCCGAAUGAGCAGAGCAGCUCAUUCCUGGUGGUCUUCCUCCAUGAAAAUUGGUUGCUGGGACUAAAAGUCCCUGCCUCCUCACCAGGGCUUUUUCCAAGCAGUCAGAGAUUGCACUUGCAUGCAGUCAACCGCUGCUCUGCCGUUUUUAUGCCUCUUCUGGUUCUGGGUGACCAGGCAGGAGGGGAGCUUAUCGCAGCAGCAGGCGGAGACACCCAUGACUCUUCACCAUACUGACUCAUCUCUGCCUCUUGGCCUCUCCUGCUUCAGCUUCUGCCUCUGAUUCUGGACUUUUCUCUGACACAGACUCCCCCUGCUCACUGAGCCCUGUUACCUCUCCACCUUCCGACACCUCUUCUUCUCAGACUUCUCCCUCUGACCACUCAUUGUUGUCCUACCACCACACCCCGGACUCUGAGCCUUUUCUUUGGUGGUUUCCCAGCUGGUUCCUCCACCAUACUUCUGUAUUCAACCAGUUUAUGACAUCUGGGGAAGCUCCUGAGUGGGGCGAAAUAGGAAAGGAGUGGAAAAGUCCGAGCAUGGGGAAGGAGCCAAGCUAAUGCAAGAGAAAGAGAGUGACUCCGAGUGGGAGUUCUCCAGUAAUAAACAAAAAGGAUAGCAGCCUGUUCCUAUAAAUAUUCAGAUUGAUUUUUAAUUGUACAGUGGUACCUCAGGUUAAGUACUUAAUUCGUUCCGGAGGUCCGUACUUAACCUGAAACUGUUCUUAACCUGAAGCAUCACUUUAGCCUAUGGGUCCUCCCGCUGCCGCCGCGCUGCUGGAGCACGAUUUCUGUUCUCAUCCUGAAGCAAAGUUCUUAACUUGAAGCACUAUUUCUGUGUUAGCGGAGUCUGUAACCUGAAGCUUAUGUAACCUGAGGUACCACUGUAUUUUAAUUGUAUAUUAUUGUAUUCAAAAAGAAUUCCUAAUUUUUUUUGAAGAAAAAUAUUUAAUAUUUAGCAAAGCGCUUUGCAGUGGCUAAACAACAGGCAGAAAAAUCAUUAAGUGGUCUGCCAAGACCCCUGGCAAUUUUCAAGUUGUCCAACGCGCAAGAAGUUUGAGAGCCACUGCUCUAAAGCUUUUAAUUUGCUUGCUUAUAAAACAUGAAUGGGAGGUAGGGCACUAUUUGUUCUCAUUUUUACAGACAGGAAACUGAAGUUGCAAGUGAGUGCUUUAGCAAGGCCAUCUGUUGAGUGAGUUUGUGACUCUUUGAACCAGGUCUUCCAAAUCCAGCCGGCCCUAUCUGGUGGAAAUAUGGACUGGGUUCUGUGUGCAGUUUGUGAUUCUCAGCAAGUGCAGGAAACCUGGAGACUGUCAUAAUGGGAUCAGAUUUAAACUUCUUGAGAAUCUUGGUUCUAAUCCCUUGACCCUCCCUUCCUCCCCCAACUGCCACCCAAUUUUCUUUCUGUCCUUUUCCUCAAAGCUCAUGGAGCAUGCUGCUUACUCCUGCUGUUUCAUUUUUAUCUCCUCCAACUCUGUUUUGACCCCUUACAAUCUGGCUUCUGCCCCUUGCACUCCAAAGAAACUGCUCUCACGGAAGCCACCAGCGACCUUCUCACUGCUAAACCUAUGGGCCUGUCCUUAGUCCUCCUUGUCUGGGACCUUUCUGCUGCCUCCGAUACAGUUGAUCUCUCUCUCUCCUACUUGAUUCCCUUUAUGCCUCGUGAUUCCAUCAUCAGCCGAUUCUCUUCCAACCUGCCUGAAUAAUAGCUCUUUCAAGGUCUCUGUAGGGGGACAACUCCUGCCCGGAAUCCAAUGUCCCCACUGCGGAAGGACAUGUGGAUCCAGAAUUGGCCUCCACAGUCACUUACGGACUCAUUGUUAAAACCGUGUUUUUGGAAGACAAUCUUACUUGACUACGAGUGAUCAAGAAAGAAGAAGAGGGGACACUCUCUUCCGUUGCUUUCCCUGUCUCCAUUGAGCUCUGUGUGUGGCCCUCUCCUAUCCUCUGAAUAUCAGGGGAGGAAAACCUUUGGCUUUUCAGAGAUUCUCAGCUCCCAUCGGCUCCAGCCAGGACUACCAGUGAUCAGGAAUGAAGGGAGUUGGAGCCCACAUAAUUUGGAGAGCCACAAGUCCCCCCCGCUCUCUCCCCCACUCUAUAUAGACUUUGUCCCUGGAUAGCCUCAUAUUUUCCAGGGGUUUCCAGUACCACUUAAACACUGAUUGCACCCAGCUGUAUCUCACAGCUUCUGUCCUCUGUCCAAUGCUUUCUCCAGCUGCUGCUCAGAUGCUUCUGCUGGGAUGCUUCAUCCUCCUUUUGGGUGCCACAUGUCAGCGGGAUCUGGGGCCAGAGGGCAAAGCAGUCUGAAGUGAGCUGCUUCAGGGCAGCAUCCUAAGAGAAUGAGGAGAUCAGCUGCUGCCCAAAGUACAAGACAAGCAAAAGGUUGGUUGAGGGUUGCACCUUUUGCAGCCUCACAGCUGCUGCUGCCAUAAUAAUAAUAAUAAUAAUAAUAAUAAUAAUACGCUGCCCUCCUGACUGGGUUGUCCCAAACACUCUGGGCAGCUUCCAGCAUAAUAAAAUAAUAAUAAUAAAUAAUAAUAAAUUUUAUUUAUACUCCACCCUCCCCAGCCAAGACCGGGCUCAGGGCGGCUAACACCAGAUAUAAAACAAUUGAUUAAGAUACAACUUAAAAACAAGAUUAAAAUACAACAUUAAAAUGCAGCCUCAUUUCAAUAGAAGCUCAAAUCAGAAACUUUUUGGGGAUGAAAACGUCAAAUCUUCACCAAGGACAACUAUUCAGACUGGUCCUGUGUGGGCCAGAAAAAGCCAGGGAAGUCCCCAAAUAGGAGUUCCAUCACAGAAGGAAAAAGGAAAGAGGAGGAGGGGAUCAAGUUGAUUCCAAGCCAAAUGCCAUACAGAACAACUCUGUCUUACAGGCCCUGCGGAAAGAAAUCAGAUCCUGCAGGGCAAUGGUCUCAGGAGACAGAGCGUCCACCAGGCUGGGGCCAGUGUUGAAAAGGCCCUGGCUCUGGUUGAGGCUAAUCUGACUUCCUUAGGGCCUGGGACCUCUAGGGUGUUGCUAUUUAUGGACCUUAAGGUCCUCCGCGGGGCAUACCGGGAGAGGCGGUCCCAUAGGUACAGCAAAAACACCAAACAUUAGAAACUUCCUUAUACAGGGCUCCUUUCAGGUGUCUUCAGAAAGUUGUGUAGUUCUUUAUCUCUUCGGCAUCUGACAGGAGGGCGUUCCACAGGGCGGGCCCCCUGCUGCAUAAAUAUAGGUUUUAUUAUCAAUAAUAAUAUUAUUUUACACCCCCUCGGCUUGGUGCCAUGGGGCGGGGGGAACCGCUUCCACCGCCCUAAAUCCGGCGCUGGCGAGAGGGAGUCCUGAUCCUGAGGGUCAAAGAGAGAAGCCACAUUCAGCCCUGCAUCUUAGCUCCCCCGCCCCCCUCCUGCUGCUGCUAUAGAGGGUGCGGCACCCAAUGAAAGCAAAGACAGCCAGUGAUGUAAAGAUGCUUGCACUGGAUGAGUCUUUGACAUUCCUAAGUUCAGAGGCAGUGAAGUGAAUGAGAUUGUUGGGGCUUGGGAGCUUAAAAGGUGUGACACUCAUACUGUCAUAUGUUGCUUUUGCAAUUAAAGGUGUCUGCAGGUGAAACUCGUGUUGAUCUCAUAUUACUGUAUAAACCUCUUAAUCUUUUGUUCAAAGGAGCCGGACGCAUCCUUGCGUUGUUUAUUUUUUUGUACAUUCUGUUUACUGCAAAUGGUUAGAAUUCCAAUUGUGUGGUAGCCAUCCACUUGGCAAACAGUAAGUUUGCUUUGCAAUUUAAUGAGGAAACUCCCUUAUUUUUACUUUUCACAGAGACAUUUUUAUAAGACAUUUUAAUAAGCAGAUGGAAACCACCACCUAGUAUUUUAGAAACUUCCAGUCUCUCCCCGUCCCUACCCCAAAUGCAAAGUUCUGAGUUUUUAUAUAUUGAUGCAGGAGAGUGUAAAUUUUCAAGUUACACAGAACUCUUCAUUAGACAAAACACAGCAGCUUGCCUUGCUCACAGUACAUACUGCAUCUUUUCAGAAAGCAAUAUAGCCUUGUCUACCUAUGAGGCAGAAUGAGAUGAAAAAGCAAUAAUAGAAUGAAUGGGGAAACUUGUGGCUUCAGAUGUGAGGUUCCAUUUUUUAAAACUGCCUCCAGGUAGAAAACUUAACACAGCAGGGAGUGAGUUGAGCUAGAAAUUUCUCCCUGUUCUGCUAUAUUUUUACGUGCUUGGAGGUUUUUCACAAGGGGGAAGACUAGGGGCUGGCAAAUCUACUCAGUGAUCUCAGGAUUCUACUGCAUCAUUCUGCUGGAGCUUUUCACGUCUGUCCUGGCAAGCAAAAAGCAGCCCACCAGGUUCUCAUAAGAACAUAAGAAGAGCCUGCUGGAUCAGGCCAGUGGCCAGUGGCCCACCUAGUCCAGCAUCCUAUUCUCACAGUGGCUGAGCAGAUGCCUCUUGUGGGAAACUUGCAAGCAGGAUUUAAGCACAAGAGCACAAGAGCUCUGGUUUCCAGCAGCUGGCGUUCAGACGCAUUACUGUCUUGGACUGUGGAGGCAGAGCAUAGCCUGGCUAGUAGAUCUCCCAUUCUUGUCAUCUCCUUGAGAAGUACUCCUCUGUCAAGUUCCCAACGUACCAUAAUGCACAGCUGCAUUUGCCUUGGUGGCGCAGGGCUGCUCAGAAGCUGGAGGUGGUUGUCCAAGAUGUCCAGUGGGCAGGGUGCUCUGCGCAGUUCCUUGUCCCUCCCUAUCAUGAUCACAGCCAGAAUGAGCUGUUCAGGAAGAUUCGUUUUUUAGAAAUAAGGGAAUUCAUGUUCACUUUGCAUGAUUUUUACUGGUUGUAGAAUUCAGUGGUUUUGGUGAAGAAUUUGCAUUGCCUGGUGCAGAGCUCUAAUAUAUAUUUUAGCGCAGAUUGUGCACAGAUUUGCUGUGGUGCCGUCUCUGGAACUAAGCAGGCCUGGAUGUGGCCAUUUCCAGGAUCCUUCUUGGACUUUCCCAUGAUCUUCUCCUUGCACGAAGGAUGAGAAGGAAGUGCCAUAAAAUCAGUGACAAUUCCUUUAACAGAAAUACCCUCUUGCUGCAGCCUCUCAGAUACUGUUUUGGUUUCUGCUUUUUUGCUUUCAUGACUGACUAAGCCCAUGGGGCAUCCCACAUUUUGGGCGUUUAAUCCUUUAUUGUGGUGCACUUGCAAAGACCUUUUAAUUCUAAUCAAACCAUGUCAUCUUAAGACAUGUUUGUUUGUUUUUUAAAUAGCAAUAAUCAAAUCUUUUAUAAAUGCAUUCAUAGGCCCGAGCCUACCUAAAACAUAAACAGUAGGAUUAUUAUUUGCGGAUUUCUAGAGCAGGUUGAUAUUCUCCCUUGGCAUUUAUGAAACAACGUGAAGGUAUGAAGAUAUUAUUUCAAGGAGGGGGGAAUGAAACUGAGAAGACAGUUGCAUUGAGUUCAAUGGGUCUUGCAUCUCAGUGAGUGGAGAUAGGAGUACAGCCUAACUUGUUUUAAACUAAGAGUAGCAUUGAACUGCCUGCCUGCCAAAGGAAGCCUCCAGGAACCAGGAACUUUCCUUGUUAACUGGAGGGGCCACAGGACAUUUGCUCACUGGCUGGCAAGAGGCAGAUCCUUUCCCAGUUUUUCACUCGGCAGUUUGAGUGAGGUCAGGCUGUUUGCAAGCGUAAGGUCUGUUUCAAUAGCUCCCUUGGUUGCAGCAUCUUGCUUCAAAUCAAGAUAAGUAGUGACAGAGUUGGCCCAAGACAUUUUGCCGCUUGAGGCGGAACAGAAAAUGGCGCCCUCCCUGCCUCCCCAUCCUCCUGAGGUGACUGGAGGUUGUCUGGGGAAGCCUGGCAUGAUGAAGGCAAGUGCAGGAGACAGCGAGCAGCCCAAUCCUGAGGGGCCUGGAACUGUUAUCCCUCCCAGCUGUCCACAGCCUGCUGCCUGAGGCUACUGCCUUACCAAGGCUAAUGGAUGGGCCGGCCUUGAAUAGUGGGUAACUCACGGAUAUAUCUUUCUCUCUAUCUUUCCCACUACCAAUUUCAGUUUGGCAUUUAAGCAUAGCUGUCAACUUUUCCCUUUUCUUGCGAGGAAUCCUAUUUGGAAUAAGGGAAUUUCCCUUUAAAAAAGCGGAAACGUUGACAGCUAUGAAUUUAAGUCGUCUGUUACACCCUCUUUUCCAGACCUUCCCUGGUCUUUUGUGGAUACACACAAGAAUAUUGGUGGAAAUAGCACAGGUUUUAAGAUGGUCAAAGCUCAGGUGCCUGUCCCUUUCCAAAAUCUGUUUUCUCUUACUCCUUAACAAACUUUAAUUUUAUUGUUAUUUUCAUGUGUUGUAUUUUUCUUUAAACUGCUGAUCAUCUCUGUGUGAUUUCUGUUAACUUUUCCUCUUCUUUUUCUUCGUCUCUUUUAUUUUAAUGUGUGCCUGUUUACCCCUAAAGGGAUAUUGCUGUAUGAGCCCCUGUGAUGAUGAAUAUGUAAGUUCCUGCAUUUUCUUUUAUUAUCUUUUCCACAUUGCCUUAUGCAUCCUUUUCCUGUCCUCUCUCCCCUUCGCGGGCUCUUUAGCCCAUGCCCUUUGCUCUGCUUGUGCACCAGUGACAUUUUUGAAUGGCAAAAGGUAUUGGAAUGCUUGCAUGAAAAUCUGUUGGAAUGCUUGCAUGGGAAAGUGCAGCACAACUACAAGUCAAAUUAAGCCUGUGCCUUAUAAUAGGCAGACUAAGGAGUAAACCCUACACAAAUUCAGAGUGGAGUCCCUAAGGCGGUUGAAUGGCACCUUGUACGCCUCCUUCUGUCAACUUCUGUAGCCAAGCUGGUGCCAAAGGCCGAGAGGGGAGGGUCUUGUCAUCUGGGCAGCCCAGGACCUCCAUACCCACUGCCCAGCCUUGCGCCCCAGGGAGGUCACUUUGGUGCUGCUGACACAGCAAAAGCAAGCUGGGAGGCAGCAGUUACAAGUUACCGGUCACUGCAGCCACAGCAGGCGCUGUGAUUCUCCAGCGGUUAGACUUCACCCCCGGAGGUGCACUCCAUUGUCUCUUGAGACAGAUCGAUGCCAGCAACUCGAUUAAAGACCUCUUAGGGAACAAUCGGAAGAAUGAAAAGUGUAAGUUAUGCUGAGUUAAGCAAAACUGGUGCAAAGUGUGCCAGAUCCACACUCUGUUCAGCAGUGGGGCUACCUCUGGCUGAACUGGCCUAAGUCUGAUUGAGGGAAAACAAGCCUUUAGAAUAGAGUUACAUCACCUUUCUGCUGACUACAGUCCAUUUCAGCACUUCGUGGUGUUAACUUGAGUUGGGAGAUACAGUGGUACCUCGGGUUAAGAACUUAAUUAGUUCUGGAGGUCCGUUCUUAACCUGAAACUGUUCUUAACCUGAAGCUCCACUUUAGCUAAUGGGGCCUCCCACUGCCACCGCACUGCUGCUGCACGAUUUCUGUUCUCAUCCAGAAGCAAAGUUCUUAACCCAAGGUACUAUUUCUGGGUUAGCGGAGUCUGUAACCUGAAGCGUAUGUAACCCGAGGUACCACUGUACAUAUUUGUGGCAGAUGUAAAUGGAGGGAUUGAAUGGAAAGGAAAUGCAGAUAAGUACAGGCAGUGAUUACAUUAUUACCACUUGUAGAUGGCACGGACAUCUGCAACCGCCAAAGCAUUUCUAUAUUUACCUGCAACUCUGGACAGUGCUUCAUCCAUCUGAGUCAGUGAACUGUGGCCCAUGAAAGUUCAUGCCAUAAUAAAUGUGUUAGUUUUUCAGGUGCCACAAGACUGUUUGUUUUUGCUGCCGCUGACUAACAAGGCUACCUCUCUGGAAAUGAUUACAAUAAUGGCUAUGAGCUCAGGAGUCCAUCUUUGCCUGUGCAUGAUGAGUCAGAUGGCAUUUUUUGGAAGAAGCAGAUUGUCUUAAAGCACAUCUUGUUGAGAGCAAGGUUCUGGCUGCACCUUCUGCAGCCCAGAUGGCCAUUUGCAGGCAGGCCUCCUAGCCAAGAGACCUUUAUGACCAUUCCAGAUUGCCCACAGCCAGUGCAUUCUUUGCAGGGAGAGGAUAUUGGCUUUCUAGGCUUCAGACAUAAAGCGGAGUUAGGGAAUAGGAAAAAACAACAACUCCAGCCCUGUUUAGAAUGAUUCCAGUCUCCUGCUGAAAUGGUCUCUUAAGACUGUUUCUAGCGGAGACAUUAGGCACAAGCUUUUCCCUAUGCUAUGAGGCCUAGAGGAGCUUGUGCAAAGCAAAGGGGGGUGGGAAAUCAUAGAAUGUGGUAUUCAUGGUGCAGAAUUCAGUUUCCUGAUGGUCUCCAUUUGCAUUGCUGCCCCAAGGGAACCCAACCCCAGCUGAUCUCCUCCCUUGUGUACAGUGGAAGUGGAUCCCCAUGCAAUAUCCCUUCAUCUUUCCCUUCCCAGGGAGGGCCAGUGUGGUGUAGUGGUUAAGAGUGGUGGACUCGUAAUCUGGUGAACCGGGUUCGCUUCCCCGCUCCUCCACAUGCAGCUGCUGGGUGACCUUGGGCCAGUCACACUUCUCUGAAGUCUCUCGGCCUCACUCACCUCACAGAGUGUUUGUUGUGGGGGAGGAAGGGAAAGGAGAAUGUUAGCCACUUGGAGACUCCUUAGGGUAGUGUGAUAAAGUGGGAUAUCAAAUCCAAACUCUUUUAUUCAUCUUCUUCUUCCCAUUCACUGCCAGGCUUGCGUAGCGCCAAACUGCACCCCAGUGUGCACAGACAUAAUCUCAAGCAGAGACCUGUGCCCCUCUCAUGUGCAUCCAGAAACAUGGGAAGAACCAUUUGCUCUGUGUUCUCUAUGCUGAGUGGCAGUGAGGCUUCAGGAUUUCCGGUUAAUCCAGGCACCCCCUAAACUCAGCCCUCCAGCUGUUUUGGGACUACAGUUCCCAUCAUCCCUGACCACUUGUCCUGUUAGCUAGGGAUGAUGGGAGUUGUAGUCGUAAAACAGCUGGAGGGCCGAGUUUGGGGGUGCCUGGGUUAAUCCUUUUAACUAGUGAAACCAGAGAUUGACGCUGGGACUGUGUGCGUGCGAAACAUGCUUUUUCCCAUUCCCAAGGAUGAGAGCUCCUCUGUGUACGUAGGGUACUCUUGCUUUUGAGCACAAAUAACAUGAUUCCAUUCUUCCCUCCAAUAGCGGUUCUGAGUGCUGAUGGCUAUCCAAAGUGGGCCGCAUCUGCAUGUUUAUGGGGACCCACAAGGUUGCUGUAUUUAAAAAAUAUAUAUUUAGUGGGGGAAAUAAGGAGAAGCCCCUUCCAAACCGUCCAAUGAGGACUGAGUAUGUCCUGUGACCACAGGAUGCUGGCAGACUGUGUCUUUUAUACAUACACAUAUAUACAGAUGCGCAAAUCUGGGGAAGGGAAUGAAAGAAAGUGGCUAGAAUCCUGAACAAGAAGCACUCCACACUGCCACAUUUUGUUGCAGAUCCUACCCGUUAAAACUAAUCAUAUCUUCCAGAUGCUUAAUCCAGUCUUAAAAAAUAAAAAUCCACUGAUUGGACCAGAAUGGUUCUCAGCAAUGUCCACAGGCUGCCACAUUUGCACUUUAUCCUUCACAUCUCUCUUUUUGGGCUUUUUAAAGGCUUCAAGCAUAUAUUUUUCAGGAUAGGUAACUGCCUAGGAUGGAACGAAUCAGCAUGAUUUCAUUGAGUUAGAUAGCUUUUGAUGGGGGGGGGCGGUGAUGUCUCAUCGAAACAAAAAGACUGCCACCACAAAUCAAAAGUACCUAGGAAAAUGAAUAAAAUGAAUAAAAAUGAGUGCAAGGCAAGUGGAUUUAGGUAGAAUACAAUGUGUCUGUACAACGGUCUUGCUGUGAAAGGAAGCCCCUGUACUGUAAGAGAAAUGUUUAGUUUUAAGGCUUUUAAUUGGCUAUUAUGUAUCAUCACUCAUUGAUUUAAGCAUAAUAUGAAAUGACAUCCUAUGCAGGUAUACACUUAUUCGUUUGUGGCAGAGAUGCUCCUUGUGUUACAUAGGGCAGCUUUGCAAAAUUCCCAAGCACUCGGAAGGUAUGUCAAAUGGAGUAAUACAAUCUUCCCCGACAUUUCGUGCCCUUUGUCUUCUAAAACUCCCCAGCUCCAACGCCUAACAAUAGGCGCUGAUUAUAGAGUCUGCCAUGAAAGAAGCCGCAGUUAUGAAAGAAGGCCAGUCUUUAAAGGUAUUAGUGGGCCUGAAAAUGAUUUUGCAAAGUGAGGAGUCUUAAUUCUAACCAAAAAAAGAUGGUGAUGAAUAUUCUGGGAAUAAAUGGUGCCCAUUGACAUAGUUGAAAUGGGUAAUGGGAAGAUCUGCGCAGAAUAUUUUUCCUCCUCUUUUGGCCGCCUCCAAGUAAUCUCAGUGCAGUCCCUGCAUUGAAACAGAUGCAUCUUAUUCAAACGUGGCAAGACAUUACUGCUUUUGAUGGGCUAAACGGUGUUCGAUUUAAUGAAGCCUCUUGUCAGUAGAAAAAAAUACUGUAUCAGUUUGGUUUGGAGGUCAUACGUACCCCAAGGAAGCUGUAAGAAUAAACUACAGUUGUAACUUGGUUGACAAACGCCUUGCCAGUUGAACAUUUUGGCUCCUGGACACCGCAAACCCAGAAGUGAGUGUUCUGGUUUGCAAACGUUCUUUGGAACCCGAACAUCCAGUGCGGCUUCUGGAGCUUCCUGCAGCCAAACGGAAGUUGAAUGGACUUCUGGAACAGAUUAUGUUUGGCUUCCACGGCACAACUGUACCUGGAAAAUGUGUUAUGCGUGGCACCAUUUGCAAGUGAGAAAAAUGCCUUUAUUGGGAACUUUCUUUUUCCAAUAAAACAGUAUAGUCUCAAAGAAGAAACUAUAUUGAGGUCAGCAACACCCAUGAUGUAAAAGUCCAUAAUUGUACACUGGCAGCAUGUUGGGUGUAACUGCAUAACAGGGCAGUAAUCAUGCCCUAUAACAGCAACUUGAAACUUUACAGACCUUGCAACCAUUACGCUGUUUGAUCAACCUAUGCACAAUCAUCACAUUUCACAAUGGCAUGAAUAGAAGAGAUAAAAUGAUUGCACAAAGCAUAUAGUUCGCUGUGACUUUCUGACUUUGCAUUGACUUCAGAGGUUUUAAUCAACUCCAGAGCUAGGUCUAUUAGGAAGAGGCAUCUUUUGGGAUAUUCACUCUGUUAUGGAUUGUUCGAUUUCAGCAAAUUGUUCUACAUUUUUUAAAAAACCUACCAUUGGCCACUAUUUGAUCAUGCAUUGGGAUGUGUAUGUGGCGAUUAUCUGGUCACCAGUGCCCAUACCACUUUUAAUUUUAUUCUAAUAAAAAUGAUCUGUAAUGGCUUUUAGUCAAACACAAUAAGUGAUUGAUUGAUUGAAUAAUGAAUGAUAUUGGGCUUGGUGACCCGGAAACUACAACUAAUCCAGAAUGCGGCAGCUAGACUGGUGACUGGGAGCAGCCACCGAGACCAUAUAACACCGGUCCUGAAAGACCUAUGUUGGCUCCCAGUACAUUUCCGAGCACAAUUCAAAGUGUUGGUGCUGACCUUUAAAGCCCUAAAUGGCCCUGGCCCAGUAGACCUGAAGGAGCGUCUCCACCCCCAUCGUUCUGCCCAGACACUGAGGUCCAGAUCCGAGGGCCUUCUGGCGGUUCCCUCCCUGCGAGAAGUGAGGUUACAGGGAACCAGGCAAAGGGCCUUCUCGGUAGUGGUGCCCACCCUGUGGAACGCCCUCCCACCAGAUGUCAAAGAGAUAAACAACUACCUGACAUUUAGAAGACAUCUGAAGGCAGCCCUGUUUAGGGAAGCUUUUAAUGUGUGACAUUUUAAUGUAUUUUAAAUCUUUGUUGGAAGCCACCCAGAGUGGCUGGGGAGACCCAGCCAGGUGGGCGGGUUACAAAUAAUAAAUUAUUAUUAUUAUUAUUAUUAUUAUUAUUAUUAUUAUUAUUAUUUAUUUGUAGUUUGGGAUUGCUGCAUGUUAUGCAUUGAAGAAAGGUCCUCCCUUUCUCAGGCACCUAACUUUACAGUCCCAAGUCAUCUUAAAACCAGUAAUGCUUCUGUUGUCAGUUACGGAUUUGUGGACAAGGUACUCUGGGAGAAUUUCUGGUUUGUUUGUGCCACUUGAAAUCGUAAGCUUUUGCUUUGGUCACUUCUUUUUCCUCCUUCUUUCUCUUUACUUGCUCUCGUGUCAUCAUUGUCCUGGUGCUUUUCUUUGGCCUAAGCCUUGGGCUCCUUCCAUCUUGAAUCUCCAUCCGUUCUGUUUGGAUGCUCAGUUUAUCCGAAACUCUUCCCCUCCCUGCUUCCAACACUUACACCCGUCUCUCCUCCUUGCAAGUAUUUAAACCCCAUCUGGAAAAGCUUAUCUUUUCUCCUGGACCUUUCUUAACUCUGUUUCCAACUUCUUGUUCCUCCAAAUUGUCCUGUUUGAUAGAUGUUUGUUAAGCCUGUGAGUAGAGUUUGUUCCCUUAAUAACCACGCAGGACCUUGAGGAUGAUCUAGAAGCUUAUUCUGUUCAAGCUGUUCCCCAGAACAAGCUGCUGGGAUUGUAUUACACUUGAGUUCCCAGGGCUUAACAGUUCCCACUUGAAGUGGCCUUCAGAGUCCUUGGCUGUUUGAGUCCUCCAUAUGAUAGAGCAAGGAGCAUGCAUGUGUGGCCUGAGUCUUGUGUGGUCUGCUUAUUAUUAUUAUUUUUCACUUUUUCAUAAUCCUUUUAUUUGAGAAUAAACAUACCAUACUUUUCCGUGUAUAAGAUGCCCCCAUGUAUAAGACGCUUCCUAUUUUGGGGGACUCAAAUUUGCUGCAGUAUCAACCAAUCAACACCACCCACUGACGCAGCAACCAAUAACACGCACAAUAGCCGCUAACAGCCACAGCAGCGACCAAUCAAAUGCCCACGCUAUGCACUACCCACUUACAAGACGCCCCCCAUUUUUUAGCAUUGUUUUUAAAGAAAAAAACUUAGUCUUAUACACGGAAAAGUUUACAAUGAUUUUGUAUAUACAUUAUAAACAUUUCCCAUUCUUUUUAAAAUUUCUUGUCUUCUUGAUUCCUGAGCUUCCCAGUUAAUUUUGCCGUUUUGGAUAGUCCAUCAACUUGGUUUGCCAUUCUUCUCUGGUCGGGGCUGUCUCUUCCUUCCAUCUCUGGGCUAGUAACACCCUGGUCUGCCUUUUUUAUAUAUAUAUAGCACCCCUUUGUCCUUAAAUUCAUAAAACAAGAUUGCAUACUCGGGAUCUCUUAGCAGACUGUAUAAUUAAUCUGCAGUAAGUAAUCUUGAGUGAAAUCUAUCUGAGGCCAGAUUUGUGGGCAGUGGUGGUGCUAGCCUGAUGGAAUUCCCUCUCCAGACUUUUAGAAACCUCAGCUAGGCUUCUUGUCUUUAGGUCUUUAAAAUAACCCCUCCCUCAAAACUUUUGGAUUAUGAUGAGGGUGCCCUCCUCCCUCUCCAUUUCAUGAUAAUGAUCAAUGGUGAUUUUUAUUUUUUUGCUUAUUUCACUGAUUAGCAGUGGUUUUUUGCAGUGCCUUUAUCAUCCUAGAUCUUUUAUGGUGUUUUUCAAUUUAUCACAACUGCCUUGGAUGCAAGCUACAUUUUUAAUAAAGGUUUCCAAACUGUAUUUUGGAAGAGUAUUGGUAGCCAUGAGAAAAAUCCAAGGUUUGGUUUUGCCUUAGUCUUUCUCUCUCUCUCUCGAACCUACCAAAGUGAUGCAGACACAAAACCCCAAACAUAAACUAAAUAAAAGAAACUAAAUAAGUUUUACCACCACCCCUCUUUUCUUCCCCAACCUUAUAUUGCAUACAGCACUAAUGUCUCACAACAAAUGUAACUGAUCUGUAGAAAACACAACCUGAAAAAGAGACAAUGCACGUACUUUGGUAAACCAAGAAAAUCUUGAUUAAUUUUUUUUAAUCUCCCUUUCUCCCUGUCUCUCUGUUUUUUAACUACAGGCCUCAACAAUGUUAAGAGCAUCAUUAGUUCCUGUGUAAGUAAUUUUCUUUUAAAUUUGUUAUUCUUUUUUAAAAAAGCAUAAUUUGGGCAGUAACCUGAAAUGCACUGAGAAGUCAAAGCUGAAAUGGAGACUCCUUUCAUUCAUCUGACCCUCUUGGAAGUGAGCAGGGCUGUCUUAAGCAUAUGCAGUGCCAGGGUGCAAAGAUCCACCCACUGCCCCCCCCCAGUUGCCCAGUCCCAGGCGCGCAGGAGGUUGGAGCUGGCCAGCCGCCUCAGCAUCUCGCUGGCUCAGUCGCCCCCGAACUUGCGGUGCAGAGCCCGUCGCAGCGCUCCGACCAACGAACGGGCUCUUCCCCGGACUCAACUCUCGGGCCCCAAACUCUUGGCCUGGCGCCCCUGAGAACCCGGCGCCUGGGUGCCCCGUACCCCUAGCGCCUAUGGGUAAGACGGCCCUGGAAGUGAGUGUACUCCACAACUUCCUGCCCUUCUAAUCCCACUUGAGUGGAAACCAGUUUAGGGUAACCUGAAAAACUAAUUGCAAACUAGUGUCAGUGGUGGUCAUAGGGGAUAUGACCACACUGCCUUGCAGCAUUAUUGCCAAGGUGCUUGAAACAAUCAAAACCUUUCAAACACAGUGGGUCGCAGGGCAGAGGAUCAUGGGACUGUGCUUAUCUGUAAAGGAGCAGAGUCUGCAUCUUGGGAUGGAGCUAACCCUAAUGAAAAGAUAGGUCUGGGGACAUACUGUGCACUAAGUCAGACAAAAGUGGUAAGCCUCUGUGGACUGUACCACUUCAAAAGGCAGGUGGGCACUCACAUGAUGAAAUGUUCCUCCUUGAAAAAAAAUUAAAUCCCUGCACACGGAAAGCUAGCAGGUCAUGGAGAUGGGUUUUUAGCCCUGCCUUAGAAGAAGAAGAGUUUGGAUUUGAUAUCCCGCUUUAUCACUACCCAAAGGAGUCUCAAGGCGGCUAACUUUCUCCUUUCCCUUCCUCCCCCACAACAAACACUCUGUGAGGUGAGUGGGGCUGAGAGACUUCAGAGAAGUGUGACUGGCCCAAGGUCACCCAGCAGCUGCAUGUGGAGGAGCAGAGACGCGAACCCGGUUCCCCAGAUUACGAGUCUACUGCUCUUAACCACUACACCACACUGGCUACCUUUCCCCUUACCUUUUUAUGUGUAAGAAUUCAUUUUUUAAUAUGGAGGUAUAUUCAGACCUUUGGUCUGAAGUGGUGCAUUCCUUGCACAGGUUUUCCAUCUCCAAAUGUCUCACUUGGCUGGGAUCAACGUGCAACUUUGAAAGAAGUCACUAUGCUUUUCAUAAGUGCAUCUUUUCUCAUUUUGCCAUGCAGGAAAAUGCAGGAGGUGCCGCUCUUGCCAUCUUUGGAUUACGAGAAGCUAAAGAAAGACCUGGUUGAAGGGAGCGACCGCCUGAAAACCUUCUUGCUGCAGGCAUUGCGCUGGGUGGGUGAGCUAGAGAACAGAGAGGUGCCUCUCUUGCAAGGAAUAUGACAUAACCCCAUCCUCACCAACAAAUGUUGCAGCAUUCCAAGUCCUGGAUAUUAAUUGGUCUCUCUUGCCAAAUUUGACUGUCCCAAAUUCUGCUUGCUGUUGUCUUUGCCCUCUCUGGGCUGCACUGCCUCACCCCGUUUGACUUUCAGGGUUGAGAAUUCACUCUGGCCCCUUUCCAGUCUUUGAGCAUGCAGAGGGGAAAUUUGAAUUCCAUGUCGCAGAAAACCAUUUGAGGAGCUGAAAAGGGAGGGUGGUUAAGGGGGGAAACGGAGAGUUCAUGUGACGUAGCACCCACUGAAAUUAAGUGUGAGCAGCAGAGAUUGCUGGCUGGUACAGUGGAAGUGGGAGGGCAGAAGGCGGAGAGACCGGGAGGAGGGGGAGCCAGAGACACGGACAGGCGGAACCAACUAAUUUGAGUUUUGCCCCAUCCUGCUCCCUGCUCAGUUUCACAAGGGCAGCAUGGAGACUAAGGAAGGGGAGGAAGCUGACAGGCAGGGCCAUCCCCUGAACUGGUUACAAAUAAGAAGGCAGGCAGGUGUGAACAGGGGCAGAGGAAGGGGGGUGCGGUGGGUGCAGGCCGCCCUGGGUAUCACCACUGGGGGGGGGGGCAACAAAAUGCUGGGCGGCACUCACCACAGGACCUGCAGCGCGCCCAAGCCACACCUGUCUCCUGGGAGAGACGCAGUGGCUUGGGCAUGUGCAGGCUCUGCGCUGCCCAAACGGUCUGCCCGCUGCCUCCCCCCCCCCAGCUGUAGGGCGGCUGAGUGGGAGGAGGCAGGCAGGCUCUGGAGGCCCCACGGUGCACCCUGCCCCUAUGGGCGACCUGCGCCGCCCAGGCACGCUGCCCCAGGUGCCCGAGAGCCAGUGUGGUGUAGUGGUUAAGAGCGGUGGACUCGUAAUCUGGUGAACCGGGUUCGCUUCCCUGCUCCUCCACAUGCAGCUGCUGGGUGACCUUGGGCCAGUCACGCUUCUCUGAAGUCUCUCAGCCCCACUCACCUCACAGAGUGUUUGUUGUGGGGGAGGAAGGGAAAGGAGAUUGUGAGCCACUUUGAGACUCCUUUGGGUAGUGAUAAAGCGGGAUAUCAAAUCCAGACUCCUCCUCUUCUUCGUCGUCUUCUUCUUUCUCCACCGCUGGGUGUGAACUGGGUAAGGGCAGACUGCCAUCAGUGGGGCAGUGAGCCCUAACGAACCAGCCUCCAGUUGAUGCAGGGCUGGUGCUGCUUCCUAGAGCAUCCAUCCUUCCUUUGUGGUUGUUCGACCCAAUUGGCAAGGAACAGAGCAAUCAAGUUGAUGACCUUGGAGGGAAGGUGGACCUUCUCUCAAAAUGUUCCUACGUUGUUGCUGCCUAGACCCUCUCACAAGUCUCUCCUUUUAGUGUAAUUCUGAGUGAGGAGGGCUUUAUUUUAUUUUUUAACCAAAAGAAGAAGAAAAAUCUGAGUUUCUUUGGAUGCUGAAUUCUCAGCCCAGUACUAGUUUAUGUGUUUUUGGUGCAAAUGCAGAAGGUCCACACCUUUGGCAAGCUGCAUAACUCCUGCUGUUUAGAAGAGUGAGGCAGCUACCUCGGUGGCAGUAGUUGUGGGUAGGGGCCAAGAGUGGUGGUGAGAUGUUGGAGGAUAGAGCUGUACGUACCACGCAUGGCCUGGCCUGCAACCCACAAGCUAGCCUUCUUCCAUAAGAUGAAAGGAAUGAGGAUGCCGCCCUGUUGCCAGCAUCAAUGUAGGACUGAACUGCAAGCCUGGUUGGCUUCUGUAGGAUUUGGGAGUGGGUGCCAUCUUGACUUCGGCCUCAGCUAACAAAAUGUCUUGAGCCGGCCCUGGGGGAUGAUUGUUUAGCAGAGAAGGGCGAUGAGGAAGUGCUGCCUUCUUGUGCCUAAAUAAUUUCUCUAAUUAUAGAUGAUAGCUGUGCGCUUGAUGCUUGUUCCUCCGUGCUUCUUUUAUAGCGCCUGACAACAUCCCAUCCUGGUGAGCAGAGAGACACCGUUCUCCAGGCUUAUAUCAACAACGAUCUUCUGGACUGCUACAGCAAUGUCCAGGUGAGCAUUGGCAAUCAGUGGGAGAUCAGUGGGAGAGCCCACAGCUAGCUUUCUGGGAAUGCCAGUGUCAGAAGGUGCUGGCACAGGAAGCCACCCAUCGAAGGCACAAGGCACAUCAGAACCGGCUUUCUUGGGAAGAAGAGGGUCUGCUUAGAAGCAGAGAAACUUGGUGGCUGGGCUAAAUAUUGUUACUCUGUCUGGAAGAUCAGGCUACACAAGUUCCCACUUGAAAACUGCUUGUUGUUGGAAUAACAACACAGACCUUAGCUCAGUGCAGCCCAGUUUCUUGUUCCUGCUUCCUGCCCUUUCCUCCUGAUCCCUGCUCACGCCCGGCCCUUGGAAAACCCCACACACCUUUGGACUGCUCUCCUGUGUCCUUGGAUUUGCCUCACAGAUACGGGAACCACCCUCUUUUAGACUGCCUCACUGGGCCUCACCCCAGCUUCUUCGUUUCUAGGGUGCCCCGAUAUCUGACUGCUACCUUAACCCUCCUGAGUUUAGUCAGCCCCCUGUCCUAGGAAUCUAGCUCCCCGCAAGUGAGCAUCAGACGAGGGCGUGGCACCCAUUUGCCUAAUAAUCAGCACAGAUGCCUCUCUUUGUGUAUUGUACAACUCAGCUACUUGUGACACAGUCUUUGCCGAGAUAUAUAUCUCAUUGAGAUAUAUCUAUAGAUAGAUAUAAUUUCAAGACUCAAGCACUGAAUUGUCUUUUUGUCUCCUGCAGAGAAGCGUGUUAAUGUUAAUACAGUCAAAGAGCGAGGUUGUCCGUCAAUAUACAGCCAGGCUUAUCAAUGCAUUUGCUUCACUAGCUGAAGGUAAGAAGAGAACGGCUACCAAGGUAGCUGUUUUUCAACUCUGUUGGCUUGUAGUAUUUACAGUGGUACCUCGGGUUAAGUACUUAAUUCGUUCCAGAGGUCCGUUCUUAACCUGAAACUGUUCUUAACCUGAAGCACCACUUUAGCUAAUGGGGCCUCCGGCUGUCGCCGCACCACCGGAGCACAAUUUCUGUUCUCAUCCUGAAGCAAAGUUCUUAACCUGAAGCACUAUUUCUGGGUGAGCAGAGUCUGUAACCUGAAGCAUCUGUAACCUGAAGCAUAUGUAACCUGAGGUACCACUGUAUAUGUAAGUGUCCUAAUGGGUUGUGUCAGUGCUUAAGGUAAGGUAAAUGACCCCCAGACGGUUAAGUCCAGUCAAAGGCGACUGUGGGACGCGACACUCAUUUUGCUUCAGGCCGAGGGAGCCAGUGCUUAAGACCCAGUGCUGGCAAGGAAGUGGAACACACCAGUCAGUCUGAAGCUAUCAUAGAAACCCACCAUAUAUUGAAUCUGAGCAUCAGCCCACCAAGCUCAGUAUUGUCCACACCAGAGGUGGCUAUCCUGCAGGCCUCUAGCUGUUGCUUGACUCUUACCCCAGCCAGUCAAUAGGCAAUGGUCAGGGGCGAUGGGAGUUGCAGUCCAUCAACAUGUGGAGGGGCCACAGGUUAGCCAUCCCAGUCUACACAGGCAAGCAGCAGUGCUCCAGGAUCAGAGAUGAGGACUUUUGCAGACCUGGAAUGGCAUAGCACCCUCUGCAUUGCAGAGCAUGCACACUCCCAACAAGGUGCAAUGCAGAGGUGGUCCCUGUUAGUGAUUAAUUGCCCAGAUAGCAGGUCUUGGGAGCUAAACAGGCAGGGAAGGGGAUUGGCUCAUAGCUGUCAACCGUCCCUUAUUUGGCGGGAAACUCCCUUAUCCCAGCGCCGUGUCCUACUGCUGUCCCUUAUUAAUGAUGUCCCUUAAAUUUCCCGGGUUUCAAAGGAAGCAGCUCCUCUCCCUCCCUCCCUCCCUGCCGGCCAGGGAGGAGGGAGGCUCCAACUGUGUUGCUUGGCUGCGUUGCUCACCCAAUAAGGAGUCUAAGAAUGACUGGGGGGUGGAGCUUGCAUGCCUUGUGCCGAUCAAAUCGGCCGCAUUACCUGGGGACUCGCCUUUGCUCAGCGCUUCCCAGUGGAGAGGUGACGGUGGUUUUCCUUGCUGCAUCCCCUUUGCGGGGUUGCUGUGCUGUGGGAACCACCGCUUGAGGCUUUGUUUGGCUGCUGGCUGGGCUUUCUGCCUUUGGCUCGGAGGGGCUCAGAAGUUGAACAUACCUGUGCUGGGGAAAUCCCUUAUUUUGGCUGCUGAUCCCUUAUUUCCGAUGCUGCUGGUCCCUUAUUUUCAAAUCUGUAAGUUGACAGCUAUGGAUUGGCUUUCUUAAACUCACGUGGUUUCCAGCCCAGGAGGAGACUUGGCUGUAAUGCAGGCGCUCUCCUCCAAUAAGUACCUGACUUGCAGGCCUGUUGGAUGAGGCCUUUUAUUACGUGGCAAACUCAGAGCGAUUUUGGUAUCGAUAGAAUUGUCACAUUCACAAUUAUUUUCAGCAUCCCUAAAUUAAUACUACUACUACUAAUGAUAAGGGACGCGGGUGGCGCUGUGGGUAAAACCUCAGUGCCUAGGACUUGCCGAUCGCAUGGUCGGCGGUUCGAAUCCCCGCGGUGGGGUGAGCUCCCGUCGUUCGGUCCCAGCUCCUGCCCACCUAGCAGUUCGAAAGCACGUCAAAGUGCAAGUAGAUAAAUAGGUACCGCUUUAUAGCGGGAAGGUAAACGGCGUUUCCGUGUGCGGCGCUGGUGCUGGCUCGCCAGAUGCAGCUUCGUCACGCUGGCCACGUGACCCGGAAGUGUCUUCGGAUGGCGCCGGCUCCCGGCCUCUUGAGCAAGAUGAGCGCGCAACCCUAGAGUCGGACACGACUGGCCCGCACGGGCAGGGGCACCUUUACCUUUUUUACUAAUGAUAAUAGGUGACUUCCAGCACAAACAUAAUAAAACGCCAGACAUUAAGAACUUGCCUUCAGAUGUCUUCUAAAAAGUUGUGUAGUUCUUUAUCUCCUUGACAUCUGAUGGCUUCACUUUGUGCCCUUUAUGCCUUUUUGUGGGAAACUGGCAUAAAGCAGUGAAGGCACUCUGAGAUGGCAGGACAUAAGGACGGGCAGCCUGGUGUGGUGCCGUGUGAUGCAGAGAUAUGUGGCAUCAAGGUCUGUGGCUGGACUGCGCUGUAGAUCUUGCAGUUUGACGGAAUGCCAUUGCACGGGGCGUCUGUCAGCCAGCAUCUUGGAUGAAACCAUAUACACUGGUACCUCGUGUUACGUACCAUCCUCCUUACGAAUGCUUCGGGUUACAUGCUCUGCUAACCCGUAAAUAGAUGCCCCUUGUUGCGAACUUUGCCCCGGGAUGCGAGCGGAAGUCGCAUUCCAGCGGUGCGACAGCAGCGGGAGGCCCCAUUAGUGAAAGCGCACCUCGUGUUAUGAGCAGUUUCCGGUUACGAACGGACCUCCGGAACUGAUUAAGUACGUAACACGAGGUACCACCGUAUGUGAAGCAUGGCUACUCAAUGGCACAGCCGAGAGCAAUCCAGGAUUCUGCGGUGCAUGUGUGCACACACGCAUGCAGAUCUUGGCUGGAGGAGAAGCUUAAGAUUAUGGGGCAGGGUGCUUGUGGGAAAAGAGUCAAAACAACGUUCAUUGUUCUUGUGCGUGGAAGUUCAUUGUGUGGAAGUUCAUCAUCUUUUGUCCCUAUUGAGGGCUUGUUUAAUGUCCAGCUCCUUGGUGGGUACCCUGGAGGUGUAUUGACUGCAGAAGAAGAACUGCAAAGCACAAGAGGCAAUGCUUUUAUUGGGUCAAAGGGCAGCCAGAAGUGCUUGAAGCAGGCUUUUAAAUUGCACAAAACUUGUUUUCAUCAGCUGUAGGGUUUCCCAUAAAACAGAGGGCAGGGAGGUGACGUUGGAUGCUGAGGCGGCUGUAAGGCCAAUAGAAAGAGAAUAAAUGUUUAAAGAGAGAAUCUUACGUUUGCCCAGGUACAGCUGAUUUGCCGUUCUAAAUUUUUUAUUGCCUUUAUAUAUGGGCUUUCUGUCAAUUCAGCCAAGGCGGCUCACAGUUUUAAAAUGAUGGUUUACCAUUUAAUAUAGAUCUUACGAAAGGGAAAGGGGGCAGUGAGGUUAGAGGAAAGUAAUUAAAUCUAAGCUCUGUGACCAAUGAAUGAAACAGUCCUGGGAGGGAAGGAUCACAUGGCAGCUGGCCUAGCCAGGUGGAUGAAGUGGGGGCUCACUCUCCCAGCAAUCCCUCGGAUGCCACCUGGUGGGAGUGGCUCCUGGUGGGGAUGGUUAUUAGACAGAAGGAGACAGAUGACACGGUUCUAGCCAAGCCAGUGGAAGAGGCCUUGUAGCCUCACCUCUCCAAUGCAACCAAGUGGAAUGGCCAAGUGGAGGUGGGGGCAGUUCGUAGAGAAGACUUGGUCCUAGCCAGGCCAGUUGCUGUUCCACUUUUCCCUCUGAUGCAGCCAAGGUUAUCCUCAAGCUCUGGUUGUAGAAAUGGUCUGUCCGUUUGCAGCAAUGCACAAGAAAGAGAAACAAGAUCUACGGGGGGAAACCCAGCAAGGGUAAUAUAAACAAUUUGGGAUGAAUCUUGCAAGAAUCGUUUAGAAACUGUAUCUCAGGGGCCUGUUCCUUCCCCGAGAUGCUCUCCUCUGUCUCAUUCUUUGCCCUGUUUUAUCCAGGCCGAAUCUACCUUUCCCAGAAUCCCCGGUUGCUCCGAAUGCUGGAAGAAAGGUUGAAAGCCGAAGACAAGUAUUCCCUUACUCGAGAGAACGUCCUGGGGGCUUUGCAGAAACUCAGCCUCAGGUGAUGAAAGCAGAGGGGCCCUGCUGGCGGCAGGAGAGGAAACGCAGGCUUGUUAGGUUGCAUUCAGGGACGAAAGAAGGCCUGAUUUUCAUAUAACUGUCAUCAGAGCACUCCAGAGCUGAUGACAGGAGCAUCGCUUAGAGCUGGAGGAGGAAGAGAGCUCAGAGGGAGCUUGGUUGGCAAAGUGAUUUGCCUUUUCCCGCAUAAUCAUACUCAACUUACGCAUCCCUUUAUCUCAUUUUAGUGAUCAUUGCACAUACUUUUUGAUAUUUAUACAGACAGAACAUUAAAACAAACCAUAUUGAGGAGAAAUAUGUAAGUGAACCAUGCAUCCCUCAUUACACACUUUGGGGGAAAUGUAUCUAUAGAUGCCAAACAAUAGAGGAUUGAUUAAAGCAGUAGACUUGUGAAAUUAACCUUUUUUAAGCCUUAGAGCAGUCUUCCUCAACCUCGGCCCUCCAGAUGUUUUUAGCCUAUAACUCCCAUGAUCCCUAGCUAGCAGGACCAGUGGUCAGGGAUGAUGGGAAUUGUAGUCUCAAAACAUCUGGAGGGCCAAGUUUGAGGAAGCCUGCCUUAGAGAGAAUCAGUGACAUGAUAUCUAACAAAGAAAUAAACAUACUUGACUGAACUAUUAUCUGUUAUUCUUAAAUAUAAAGUGAUUAUAUGAUGCAAAUCUUAUAAUCCAGGGAGGGGCUGGAUUUGUUGUCUUUUGCACUGAAAUGUAGUCCGUUCCACUGUUGAACGUAUGUUACUGUCAGAAAGUUACCGUAUUUUUUGCACCAUAACACUCACUUUUUUCCUCCUAAAAAGUAAGGGGAAAUAUCUGUGCGUGUUAUGGAGGGAAUGCCUACGGGUGGCAUGCCUACGGAUUUUCCUCCUCUAAAAACUACGUGCGUGUUCUGGUCGGGUGCGUGUUAUAGAGAGAAAAAUACGGUAUUUCUGAUGUUUGGUCGGAAUCUCCUUUCUUGUAACUUGAAUCCAACAGUUUGGGUCCCAGCCUCUGGAGCGGCAGAAAGAAAGCUUCUACAUCUUCCAUGUGACAGCCCUUUAGAUCAGUUCCUCCUUGUUGUGAGGCCCAGGUCCAAGAUAGAGGAUCCCCUUGUUACUUCUUCCACCUUCUGGGAAAUGAGCUAGACAUGCAGGCCUUUUUGCAAGGGGCCUUCCGCAGCCUAGGAUGGCCACUGAGAAGGCCCUGCUGUGUAUAAUUGAGACAGUGGGGGGUGGCGGAGGAGACCCAGCAGGGCUUUCAUUCAUUUAUUGACUCCAAGAGCAGCUUCACACAGAAAGAGGCGGUCCUUAAGGUAUCCUGGCAGUAGCAGAGGAAGGGGUGGGGCACACCAGGCCGCACUUACCUUGGGGGAGGCACACCAGACCCUAAGGUGCAGCACCUUCCAGCUCCACGCCUACUGCCUCUCCCUCAGCUGUCCCAAAAAGGCAGCGCGGGGCUGGCAUCUGCCCUCUAGGUGGAGGACGCCUGGGAGGGACGCAGCUUUGGUGGCACACCCCGCCCCCAGAAUGUCCCACCCUAUGGAGUGGCGCUUGCGGGCACCCAUCCCUGGUGCCACUGGGACUCCCUGCGCCACUGUAUCCUGGUCCCAGACUGUUUGGGGCACUGUGAAUCGGAUUUGAAAGCCGAUUCUGAGCCAGCGUAGCUGAAACAUCACUAGGGUGACAAUUGUCAAGGGAGGGGGCCGCUUUCCUGAAUCCUCCCUCCAAGCUACUAAUCAGUCACACACAGGCACCAAACGGGUUACCAGGCUUUAUUGGCUGGCGCCAGCUACAGAACAUCAAACAGCAAGUCUAAAACACGGUGUUUUCUCUCCCUUCCCUGGCAGGUAAUAAUAAUAAUAAUAAUAAUAAUAAUAAUAAUAAUAAUUUAUUAUUUAUACCCUGCCUAUCUGGCUGAGUCUCCCUAGCCACUCUGGGCGGCUCCCAAUCAAAUGUUAAAAACAGUACAGCAAAGAUUUAUAGGGGCCGGGGAAUGCUGGCAACCAGCCAGCCCGAUCGCAUAUUCCCACUUUGGGGACUAAUUGUUACCAAAUGCCUGACCCUCCCCCUCCAGCAAUACUUGCUCACAGGAUCACUACUUCAUGACAGUAACGAUCCGACUGCCUUCCUCCUUGGCUGCUAUGUCUGUGGCAGCUGAAGCUUCCAAUCUUUUUGAAAAGCAGAUGGGGCACAAAUGUUUGUAUCCAACUUUGGAAUCGUUGUGUUUGAAUGUUUCUCAGCUGCCUCCUUCAUUUGUUGGGGGGAAUAUGUUAGGUCAGGUGCAUAGAGAUUACAUUGAGUUUUGAGUAAUUGGCAAGUGUCCACUGGUGGCACCUUACGCCAAGCAGAGUAAGCUGGGUGAGGAAAGAGUUAAAUAAGCCAAGGGUCUGUCUGGAGAAAGGAGAAAAUAGGCCCCAGCAGUAUCAGCUGCUGCAAUAACCAUAAAUACAUCCCUUCAUUAGCUCUUUUUAUGGGUCAUGGUUUAUUUUAGCAUUUGAAGAAAGGGGUGAGAGCGACAGAGGCAUAAAGAAGGGAGUGAAACAUUAACUGCCUUGCUAUCGGGACUAUUUAUGGCUUCAUAGCUUAAAAACAGAAAAAAAAGCCCCAACUUUCCUUCUGGGUUCCUUCUUCUCACCCUGAUAACUGAUUUAGGGCUAUUUCAUGGGACCACUUUGUACACAGUUUAAGACAUCAUGAGCUGGCUUUUCCUGCAGUUAGCAUACUGAGUAGUCUUGUGAAAUGCUUCAUGUGCGAUGGGAUCACAAUGUGCCACAAAUUAGUUAUUCCAGGAGAUUGUAUCUUGCAAAUUUUCUCAUUGGAUGCAAGCUAAGUGGAGGUGAUGGAUUUCAAGUGGCAGAUUUUUGAAUGUUAAGAGGAGGCCCGCAGGAUCGGGUCAGAGGCCCACCUACCUCAGCAUCCUGUUCUCACAGAGAUUAUUAAUUGAUUAUUAAGAAUAAUCAACAAACAAACGUUUGUCGCUGUCUUUGAAUUCCCAGGCGGGCUCUGCAGUCGACUAUGAUCAAAGAUGGGCUUAUCCUGUGGUUGGUGGAUGCACUCAAAGAUACAGACAGCAUGUCCGAUUAUACUUUGGCCUACUCUGUAGCCUUGCUCAUGAACCUCUGCCUUCGGAGCUCAGGUAUCUUUCAGUUCGUGUAAGGAAAUAUUAUGUGCAGCGGGGAUGGGAAACCUUUUUUUUAGCUUGGGGACUGCAUUUCCCCAUGGUGAGCUUUCUGGGGUGGGGUGGGGCACAUCCCAGUGGGGAGGGGGCCCAGAGGCAGGAAUCGGUGGGGCAAAGGCCUUUCAAUAACACCCAUGUCAAAGGGGGCCUAAUAGGACUUGGGUUAGUUUGCUCAGAUGUCUGUUGUGAAUUGGUUUGGAAACACAGUGCGGAUAAAAUGGCUUGUAUAUUAUCCAAAUUGGAUCAGGUAAGCAGAGAGUGAAGGUACGCGGGUGGUGCUGUGGGUUAAACCACAGAGCCUAGGGCUUGCCGAUCAGAAGGUCGGUGGUUUGAAUCCCCGCGAUGGGGUGAGCUCCCAUUGCUCGGUCCCUGCUCCUGCCAACCUAGCAGUUCAAAAGCAUGUGCAAGUAGAUAAAUAGGUACCACUCCAGCGGGAAGGUAAACGGCGUUUCUGUGUGCUGCUCUGGUUCGCCAGAAGCGGCUUAGUCCUGCUGGCCACAUGACCCGGGAGCUGUACGCCGGCUCCCUCGGCCAGUAAAGCGAGAUGAGUGCUGCAACCCCAGAGUCGGCCACGACUGGACCUAAUGGUCAGGGGUCCCUUUACCUUUUUAAGCAGAGAGUGGGAAAGACUCAACCCUAGACAAUGCUGACCUAGUGCCAGCACAAGAGGUUUUGCUGCCUGAAGCAAAUUGCAGUCCUGCUCCUGGUUCCUAAUAGCAGCCAACCUCUUUGGCACCUGAGGCAGAAAACCCCACAAGCACCUCCCACCCUCCCUGGUGCCUUCUACUGAGUCAGACCAUUAGCACAUCCAACUCAGUAGCAUUUACUUCUGUGGUAGCCAAAAUGGUGUCUUCCAGCUCUUCCUCCAGGUAUCUGGUAGACCACUGUCAGAGCAGGAUGCCAGGCUAGAUGGGUAAUAAUAAUAAUAAUAAUAAUAAUACUUUAUUAUUUAUACCCCGCCCAUCUGGCUGGGCUUCCCCAGCCACUCUGGGCAGCUUCCAACAGGAUAUUAAAAUACAGUAAUGCAGCAAACAUUAAAAGCUUCCCUAAACAGGGCUGCCUUCAGAUGUCUUCUAAAAGUCUGGUGGUUGUUGUUCUCUUUGACAUCUGGUGGGAGGGCGUUCCACAGGGCGGGUGCCACCACCGAGAAGGCCCUCUGCCUGGUUCCCUGUAACGUGGCCUGAUCCAGCAGGCUCUUCCUGGUCUAAAUCUCAAAAAUCCCAAAGGUUGUGCCGUUAAUUCUUCUUCUUUGUCUUCUACUUCUUAUAUAUUUAUUUAUACCUCCCAUUUUUCCCUGACAGGGACUCAAGGCAGUUAAGAUCUCGAAGGGUAGCCAGGUCAUAUGAAUGGGUCUGGGGGAAAUCAAAAUGCCAUCUUCUUCUUCUAAGGAAUGCUUUUGACUCGAUGGUAUUUUGUCUCUGUGUUUUGAACCUCCACAGGGAAGAAAAUGUGUGUGAACAUUGCAAACGAGGUACUCAAAGUUCUCUCAGAUCUCCUUGGCCACGAGAACCACGAGGUAAUUUUAUAGCUAAUGCUUGCAGGUAUAAAGAAGGAAGGAGGCAAAGAUAAAACACUUUUAGAAAUCAAAACAGAACAUCUUCUAUUUAUUGCAAAUAAAAAUCUGGGUGUGUGACUGUUUCUGAAAAUACCUUGGUGGCGAAUAGAAGUUCUUCAUCUUGGGAAAUUAUCUGGACUCUGCAAAGGCACUCUUCUUCCCUCCACCCUCUUUUUAGAAUUCUCAAAGGGUAACAGAAAAAGUAAGAAAUGUCAGACAGCUGUAUCAUUCUUACCAAGCCCAUUUGGAUUCCAGACUGCCAGUUGCUGGAAUUAUCUUCAAAGUAUCUCUCUGACCCCGAGUCACAACCCUCUGUGUCAUGCGGUCCUUCUGCAUAAACCCACAUGUUGCUCUCCCAAUUCCAGAUCUCAGCAUCUGGAGUUGUCAGGACACAGAGCCAUCAGCUUCCGUGGCUUUGGAGGGCUAUUUGCAAACUGAAAGUAUUGCAUUAAUAGCAGCAGCAUCUUGGUGGCAGCGGCUGAUGGGAACCGCAGUCCCAAACAGCUGGCAAUCUCCGGUUUGGAGAAGGUUGCCUUUGUACCUGGAACUGUACAACCGGAGAACUCUUGUGGGGCAAAGAAUUCCACAGCCUGGGUUCAGUGGUGGAAAACAGUAUCCUUCUUUCCCGUCGACCACACUUUAGACCAGUGGUGGCCAAACUUGGCCCUCCAGCUGUUUUGGGACUACGGUUCCCAUCAUCCCUGACCACUGGUCCUGUUAGCUAGGGAUGAUGGGAGUUGUAGUCCAACAGCAGCUGGAAGGCCAAGUUUGGCCACCACUGCUUUAGAUGGUGGCAGGACGUGCAGAAGGGCCUAACUUUAGUGCAGUGGUUCUCACAGGGUGUGCUGUUUGGCAGGAGAAGAUGGUGGGAAGAUUCAAGGGCAAUCAAAGAAAAAAUUGAUCAUUUCAAUGACAUAUAGUAUAGUAUCCACGCCUCUCUUUGUGAGCAUUGGCUAUUCUUUUGCAGUUUUCCAGGACAUACUGUUGUGAGCAAGUACUUUCAACUUGACAAAUGUGAAAUAUCAGAGAAGAGAAAGGUCUAUUUGUGUUGAUGAGGAGAUGAGAGUUUGUUUGUCUCAAAUUAGACCUGAUAUAUAAAUGAGAUUUCCCAGCAAAAUCAAGCUCACAACUCUCAUUGCAUUUGUGUACAUACUUAAGGUGCAUACAUGUACUUUGAGAAUGAUUCUUGUUCUUAUGUAGCUAAAUUGUUUUAUACUUUCUGGAUGUCCUAUAAAAUAGUUGUGUUCUGUGUUAUAAAUGAAGCACUGCUAGCGGGUGUUUUUGUUGUUGUUGUUGUUGUUUCCCAAUAUAUUUCUUUAUCAGUAAAAAAGCUGGGUGUAGCACAAGCAAAUUGUUUUCUGAAAGUGUGGCCCAGAGAAGAAAGUUUGAGAACCACCGCCUUGGUGAAUGACAAGGGUCAGGUGGUAGUGACAGUCUUUUAAGCAUCCUGGUCACAAGCCAUUUAGGUCUUUGUAGAUAAGUCAGUUCAAUUGCGACAGGAAACAUGAUUAUUUUUUAUUGGUGUGUUUUUAUGAUGUGUUCACUUUUUAUUUAAGCGGCUUUGAGAACACUUGUGUGGAACAUCUCAUGACUAAAAUGGAUAGUGUUUCGUGUUCAAAGGGUUUCAUAUUCUUAUCUUAUUCUUUGUAUUCUGAUCUUAUACAUCUUUGCAAGGCAGGUCAGGGUCCGUCCCUCCAAACUGCACCCUGGGGAUAGAGACUUAGAGAGGUUGGCUUGCCUAAGGUCUCCAAUUGAGUUAAUGGUGGAAGUGAAAUAUGACCUGGGGACUUCCUGGCUUGUACAUUGCACUUUUAGCCAUAAUACUACAUGGUGAGUUAAGGAAGAGCAAGCGAAGGUGCAGGGCAGCUUGGAAAGGCAUUGCUGAAGAUGUGGUUCUUGAGGGGAGGUGGGACAGAAGAGGGAGAGGAUGAGCAUUAGACGGUGUCUCAGGUGGUGCGAAAUGGGCUUAUACAUUGCUUUUCAUUUGCAGAUUCACCCGUACGUGAAUGGGGCACUUUACAGCAUCCUCGCUAUUCCAUCCAUACGAGAGGAAGCUCGAGCAAUGGUGAGAGAGCCUGGGCUGCUGUUUAUUUGCUCUAAACAAAGCAAGGGGCCAAGUCAGCAGCAGUGAAUGAGAGAAAGCUAGGAUUUCCUAAUAAUUGCCUCACUUUCAAUUGCAAUACUUAGCUUUUAAGUUGUAUUUUUUCCUUCCUUGAAAAGGUCUCAUGCCUCAAUGGGAUACUUGGUUUCUGAAGGCGAUCUCAGCCCCCUCCUUCGUGGGUGUGCUGACAGAAUGAUACUAUGCCCCCAGUAGCAUGGGUGCUGUUUCCCCAUGAUGUGAUCCCAUGCUACUUUUUAAGGGAAAUUCAGUUUACCUCCAUGGUAAUUUCCAGAGCAACUACUUGGUUAAUCCACACAUUCUGUCUUAAGGUCUCCCUUAAUGGGUACCCAUUCCCAGUGAGUUAGCUAUGCUCACUCCGAAUCUGUCCUUUCAGAAGGACAGAAGCACUUACUCCAAAUCCCAGAGCUCUCCACCUUGUCCCUUUAACAUUCAGAAUAUCUCUGAUGGAUAAGAUCGAAGGCCCAUCCAGUCCAGCAAUCUUUUCUCAUGCUGGACAUCAAGAUGCCUGUGGGAAUUUGUUUCCUUCAUUGCUCAGAACCGCAAGUGGACCAUCUAUUGAUAAUUAACAGCUUUGUUUGAAGUAAGUUUACCCAGCAGGGAGUACCUUUGAGUUGAUUGUCACUGGGUUUUUCUUCUAAGUAUGUGCACAUCAGAUUGCAACCAAAAUAAAGCACAUCUUCAGGGGGGGAAUGGUCCCACCCUCCAGGUAUAUGGGCCUUCCCAGGGAUGGUAGUUCUUUCAGUAAAUGCAUAGCAAAAUGACAACGCAAGCACACCUGAGUUGGCAUUCUGUUUCUCUCUCGCCUUUUUCUGAACACAAGCCAUGACCUCAAAGCCUGAGGCCCAUCAGCAGUGUUGAUCUUCCAUGUUCUGGUGCUCUGUCCACUUAGGAUCUGAGCGUGUUGCCAGCAGCUGCAGCAGUGCUGCUCAGGACAAUGGAGAAAGACCAGUGGGCUUGGGCCAAGGCUGAGUUUUGCCAGCUGCUUCCUAAGGAACAUUUGCAAGGUCAUAGAAUGGUGCAGGCUGAAUCAGUCCCAUCCCUUGCAAGAAGUUAUCUGUGUUAAAUUAGGGCUUUAAUGGAACCACAGGGCAUUGUGAAAGAGGCAGUACGCCAUCCUUGUAAGUUGGUCUUGCUGAAUGGGAAGAGGUGAUGAAUUGCCUUCUGCAGAAAUGUUUUGGUGGGAGAUAACAAUACACCACAACUAAACAGCCCAACAAAAGCUGGUAUCUGUUCUGAUUUGCGCUAGCUCUCACUCUGGGUCUGUGCCAUUAUGCGAAAUCCAUUUUAAGUGUAAGCCUGAUGGAUGUUUGUGUUCUUGCCUGAGAUUCUUAUCUUAUCUCCCCUAGCCUAUUCUAAAAAGCUAUCUGUGAACACACUGCAGCAGGGUUUUUAAAUUGGUGGAUCAAACGGCUUUGUUUUUAAAUUGCUAUUCACCAUCAACUCAUCCUGUAUCACUUGAGAAGGAAAGAUGGAAGAAUCUCCCCAGGAGAAGCUUUGAUGUUCUUAACUUAGAAGAGAAUCUUAUUAUUGGCUUGGCAACUUCUAAUAGGCAAAAAAUGCAAGCAGACAUGUUUGGAUUUUUCCUCCCUAAUGGACAAAUGGGAUGUUGUUGUUGUUGUUUUGUUGUUUAGUUGUUUAGUCGUGUCUGACUCUUUGUGACCCCCUGGACCACAGCACGCCAGGCACUCCUGUCUUCCACUGCCUCCCGCAGCUUGGUCAAACUCAUGUUUGUAGCUUCGAGAACACUGUCCAACCAUCUCGUCCUCUGUCGUCCCCUUCUCCUUGUGCCCUCCAUCUUUCCCAACAUCAGGGUCUUUUCCAGGGAGUCUCCUCUUCUCAUGAGGUGGCCAAAGUAUUGGAGCCUCAGCUUCAGGAUCUGUCCUUCCAGUGAGCACUCAGGGCUGAUUUCCUUAAGAAUGGAUUGAUCUUCUUGCAGUCCAUUGGUCUCUCAAGAGUCUUCUCCAGCACCAGAAUUCAAAAGCAUCAAUUCUUCAGUGAUCAGCCUUCUUUAUGGUCCAGGUCUCACUUCCAUACAUCACUACUGGGAAAACCAUAGCUUUAACUAUACGGACCUUUGUUGGCAAGGUGAUGUCUCUGCUUUUUAAGAUGCUGUCUAGGUUUCUCAUUUCUUUUCUCCCAAGAAGCAGGCAUCUUAUAAUUUCGUGACUGCUGUCACCAUCUGCAGUGAUCAUGGAUCCCAGCCUUUCGCAUGAUGAAUUCUGCAUAUAAGUUUAAUAAACAGGGAGACAAUAUGCAGCCUUGUCGUACUCCUUUCCCAAUUUUGAACCAAUCAGUUGUUCCAUACCCAGUUCUAACUGUAGCUUCCUGUCCCACAUAGAGAUUUCUCAGGAGACAGAUGAGGUGAUCAGGCACUCCCAUUUCUUUAAGAACUUGCCAUAGUUUGCUGUGGUCGACACAGUCAAAGGCUUUGCAUAGUCAAUGAAGCAGAAGUUUUUCUGGAACUCUCUAGCUUUCUCCAUAUUCCAGCGCAUGUUUGCAAUUUGGUCUCUGGUUCUUCUGCCCCUUCGAAAUCCAGCUUGCACUUCUGGGAGUUCUCUGUCCACAUACUGCUUAAGCCUGCGUUGUAGAAUUUUAAGCAUAACCUUGCUAGCGUGUGAAAUGAGGGCAAUUGUGUGGUAGUUGGAGCAUUCUUUGGUACUGCCCUUCUUUGGGAUUGGGAUGUAGACUGAUCUUCUCCAAUCCUCUGGCCACUGCUGAGUUUUCCAAACUUGCUGGCAUAUUGAGUGUAGCACCUUAACAGCAUCAUCUUUUAAAAUUUUAAAUAGUUUAGCUAGAAUAUCAUCACUUAGAAAGCAGUGCUUUCUAAGGCCCAUUUGACUUCACUCUCCAGGAUGUCUGGCUCAAGGUCAGCAACCACACUACCUGGGAUGUAUGAGACAUUCAUAUCUUUCUGGUAUAAUUCCUCUGUGUAUUCUUGCCACCUCUUCUUGAUGUCUUCUGCUUCUGUUAGGUCCUUACCACUUUUGUCCUUUAUUAUGGUAAUCUUUGUACAAAAAGUUCCUUUCAUAUCUCCAAUUUUCUUGAACAGAUUUCUGGUUUUCCCCAUUCUCUUGUUUUCCUCUAUUUCUUUGCAUUGCUCGUUUAAGAAGGCCCUCUUUUCCUUGCUAUUUUUCAGAAAUCUGCGUUCAAUUUCCUGUAUCUUUCACUAUCUCCCUUGUAUUUUGCUUGCCUUCUCUCCCCCGCUAUUUGUAAGGCCUUGUUGGACAGCCACUUUGCUUUCUUGCAUUUCUUUUUCAUUGGGAUGGUUUUAGUUGCUGCCUCCUGUAUAAUGUUGCGAGCCUCCACCCAUAGUUCUUCAGGCACUCUGUCCAGCAAAUCUAAAUCCUUAAACCUGUUCCUCACUUCCAUUGUGUAUUCAUAAGGGAUUUUAUUUCGAUUGUAUCUUACCGGCCCAGUGGUUUUUCCUACUUUCUUCAGUUUAAGCUUGAAUUUUGCUAUAAGAAGCUGAUGAUCUGAGCCACAGUCAGCUCCAGGUCUUGUUUUUGCUGACUGUAUAGAGCUUCUCCAUCUUUGGCUGCAGAGAAUAUAAUCAAUCUGAUUUCGAUGCUGCCCAUCUGGUGAUGUCCGUGUGUAGAGUCGUCUCUUGUGUUGUUGGAAAAGAGUUUUUUUGAUGACCAGCUUGUUCUCUUGGCAGAACUCUAUUAGCCUUUGCCCUGCUUUGUUUUGAAUUCCAAGGCCAAACUUGCCAGUUGUUCCUUUUAUCUCUUGACUCCCUACUUUAGCAGUCCAAUCCCCUAUAAUGAGAAGAACAUCCUUCUUUGGUGUCAAUUUUAUAAGGUGUUGUAAGUCUUCGUAGAAUUGGUCAGUUUCAGUUUCUUCAGCACCGGUAGUUGGUGCAUAAACUUGGAUUACUGUGAUGUUAAAAGUUCUGCCUUUGAUUCGUAUCGAGAUCAUUCUAUCAUUUUUGAGACUGCAUCCCAGUACAGCUUUCGCCACUCUUUUGUUGACUAUGAGGGCCACUCCAUUUCUUUUACAGGAUUCUUGCCCACAGUGGUAGAUAUGAUGGUCAUCCAAACUGAAUUCGCCCAUUCCCGUCCAUUUUAGUUCACUGAUGCCCAGGAUGUCAAUAUUUAUUCUUGCCAUCUCAUUUUUGACCACAUCCAACUUACCCAGGUUCAUGGUUCUUACAUUCCAGGUUCCUAUGCAAUAUUUUUCUUUACAGCAUUGGACUUUCCUUUCGCUUCCAGGCAUAUCCGCAACUGAGCGUCCUUUUGGCUUUGGCCCAGCCGCUUCAUCAGCUCUGAAUCUACUUGUACUUGUCCUCCGCUCUUCCUCAGUAGCAUGUUGGACACCAUCCGACCUGAGGGGCUCAUCUUCCAGCGUCAUAACUUUUAUACGCCUGUUGUCUUUGUCCAUGGAGUUUUCUUGGCAGGGAUACUGGAGUGGCUUGCCGGUUCCUGCUCCAGGUGGAUCACGUUUGAUCAAAAUUCUCCACUAUGACCUGACCUGUCCAUCUUUGGUGGCCCUGCACGGCAUAGCUCAUAGCUUCUCUGAGUUAUUCAAGCCCCUUCGCCACAACAAGGCAGUGAGGACAAAUGGGAUACAAUACCUAAUACUAUACUUGUAUUAGGAGCAGCUAAAGGCUAGCUUGCUACUUGGUGACUUUUAAUAAGUUUGUGUACGCAGUGCUAUUUUUCUAGAAAAAGAGGUGCCAGAACUCACCAUGAACACCUCCCUUGUUCUCUUAGAAUGGCAGUGGCACCCACCUGAGAGGUGCCGGAACUGAGUUCUGGUGAGUUCCGGCUGGAAAAAAGCCCUACCCAAAGUGCUAUUUGGGUACUGUUCUGGUUUCGCCUCUGCGAGAUAUGGAAGACUUUGAGAAGCUGUGAACCACAUUUGUUUGAGAGUUUUCACUAUUACACAUUAUGCAGUCGAGUUUCCCUCAUUUGGAGAAAUUGCAGGGGUCAGCACACCCAGUCUUAAAUCAUUCUGUGUUUGACUUAGGUGUCAGAAAUAUGUCUGCUGUGGAUGUUGUGGAAGGCUUUUUCCCUCCCACGGCCAGGCACUGCUCUGGUGGAUGGAGAGAACAGAAUGUCUGCAGUUGGGCACAGCUCUCCCACCGCAACGUUCUUUUCUGAAGCUAAACAAACCAGUGAAAUGACCCUUUGCUGAGGUCACCCAUAUGAUCCACUGACACAGCUCUGUUUUCCAACCCGUCCAGGAAAUGGAAGACAUUCUGCGCUGCUACAUCGAGGAAGGAAACGCUGAUAUGAUCCAGCAGAUUGAGUUUAUUAUCAAGCAGCUUAAAUCAGGUCAGAGGGACACACAGUCGCAUCUGGGCUGAAAAUCUUUAUUAAAAAGCUUUUGUUGCUCUCAGGCAAAGGACUGGAAGAAGUGAAGGCAGGCUAAGGGGUUUCAGACCGAGAGCAUCUUUAUAAAAAUGUUUAUAUACCACUAUUCAUUUUUCAAAAAUCAUAAGUCUUUAUAAUUUUAUGCAAAAUCAUGCAAUAAAAAAACAUUUAAAGUGUUAAGAUCAGAAAUCAGCUAGCUAUUAUGGAAAUAUUAUGGAACUUGCCCAGAGAAGUUCGCCAGGCACCUUCACUAUACACCUUUAGGUGCCAGACGAAAAGGUUCCUUUUUAACCAGGCCUUUGCCUGACCUGAUCUACAUCCUAUAACCUUUUUGAAAUGCUGGCUCUUUUUAGGGUGUUUUUUUUUUCUUCUUUACUGGGUUGUUGUUUGUAUUUUGAUUUUAUGUAUGUGGUCCUUUAUGUGAACCGCCCUGAGACCUUCGGAUAUAGAAAUGAAAUGAAAUAAAAUAAAAUAAAAUAAAAUACGUGCUUUUAAUUCCCUGCAUAAGCCUAAUGGAAAUAGACGUAAAACAAAAGGGUUGUUGGCAACAUGUUUCUUAAACUUACCUGAUCUCCCCUGGAAUAGAAACUUUUUCAGCAGAUGUUUUAAAGCUGAAACAGAAGGUGCGUCUUCUAGGAUCAAUUCACACAACCCUUGCAAUGAUAACCACAUAUACAUAGAAGUAAACCCCACUGAUUUCAUUUGGAAAGACUUCCAGAUGAUUGCAGCCUGGCAGCAUUUUCCUAAACCUGUUCACUUGCAGGUAAACUCCACUGAGUUCAUUGGCGCUUACUUCCAAGUAAUUGCGCUUAUGAUUGCAGCCUUACAGCAUCGCAGUAAUUGUGUUUACUCAUGAAUAAGGCCCACUUAUUUCAGCCAGACUUACUUCUUAGUAAGUGAACUAGGAUUGCAGCUUUUAGCAUGGCAAUUUCAUCUCUGUGUCGCCUUUCAGCCCAUCAUGAGGCAGUCAUGUGAUUGUUCUGUGUGGUCAGCUGCAGAGCACGAUUCAUUUAACAUAUCAGUGGAAAUUUUGCAGCAAUGUGCUUGAAUACUAUAGUUUGGCCACGAGCAAAAUAGCCACUAGCUGUGAGCUGAACUGUAUUGUGACUCAGCUAGUCAUUUCUCGGCUUGCAAAUACAUUUAGAUUACAAAUUAUGGCGGAGUUAGGUGUCUUAGAGUACUUCCAGGCAGGAUCUUACUGCAAUAAACAGGUUGUUGUGUUAAUAUAAAUGUGUUUUUUUAAAACUUAACUGAUCUUCCCUGGAAAGUUUACAUGCAUGUGGAGCACCCUUCUCACAAUAAACAAUAAACCCUUCCCACGCAUCUAGAAGCACACAUAUAUUAGGAACAUUAAAUAGUAGGAAGAACUUUCUGAUGGCAUGGGCUGUUUGACAGUGGGAUGGACUUUCUUGGAAGGCAGUUGUCAGGGACCUGCCAUCAGCUCAGAGGCGAGAGGUGGAAGGGCAGUUGUGUUACAGGGAGCCUCUGAAGGUCUUGCGAAGUAGUUCUUCCUCUGGCGAGGAGGGAAGCCACACCUCCAGUGGGGAAGGAGCGCAAGGAUCAGAAGAUGCUAGGGAGAGCCUCAACACCGAGCCUGAGCAAAGCGGAGGGGAGGCGAGUCCCCCUUUGCCAGCGCCCGUUCUGCGCGGUAGUCUUCGGCGCAGAGAGAGGAGGAGAAGGUUGGGGGUCACACGGCUGUUAUGCUGGGGAAAGUAUAAGGACUGCCCACUCCCAGAGUCUGCUAGCGACUGAGCAGACACGGACUUGCGACGCCCUGCACUGUAAAUACCGUAUUUUUCGCGCCAUAGGACGCACUUUCCCCCCUCCAAAAAUGAAGGGGAAAUCUGUGUGCGUCCUAUGGGGCGAAUGCAGGCUUUCGCUGAAGCUUGGAAAGCGAGAGGGGUCGUUGCGCACCGACCCCUCUCGCUCUCCAGGCUUCAGAAGCUAUCAGCAAGCCUGGGGAGCCCACGGGAGUUCCCGCAGGGCUCCCUAGGCUGCGGAUAGCAGCCUGCUGCCUGGAGCACGGGGCGCCCUCCACAGGGCGCCCGGUGCUUCGCGCAGGUGUCCGCAAGCCUUGCGAGCCCGGCGGGAGUUGCCGCGAGCUCGCAAGGCUUGCGGAUAGCAGCCUGUUCUGGGGUCGGGGGAAGCCCGGGCUUCCCCCGCCCCAGCCCUGCGGCUGGGGGGGAAAUAAUUUUUUUAAAUUCAUUUCUCUCCCCCCCCCCCCAAAAAGGAGGUGCGUCCUAUGGGCCAGUGCGUCCUAUAGGGCAAAAAUACGGUAGUUUGUACAGAUAAUAAAGCCUGGAAAAGACAGGUUGGAGUCUUGCUUGUUUGCUCCCGAGCAACCACAUCAGCACCUGAUAGCAGUGGACUCUCUCCUUCAUUGGAGGUUUUUAAGCAGAGGUUGGAUGGUCAUCUGGUUGGCCACUCUGAGAACAGGAUCCUGGACUGGACUGGCCAUUGGCCUGACCCAACGGGCUCUUCUUAUAAGAAGGCAGCAGAGGGUCAGUCUUUCUCUUACCUGAAAAACUUUGGACAAGAAGCAGUAGCUUGGCAGCAUUCCUCCUUGCAAAUGCCAGUGUCCCAAAGGGAGAGAUGCUUAUCAUGAUUUCAAGUUUUAUGUGGCCAUUCUUGGAUGUUGUUGUUGUUUUAAACCCUCUCCCCUGGAGGUUUGCCAGGAGGAAUGCUACUCCCCGCAGUUCCGCUGUUGCCCCAAGCACUGUUCUGCAAGAGAAAGAUUGCAUCUGUCUGCUACCUCACCUCUCCCAACACAAAAUGUUACAGCUUUGCCCAGCCCCCUAGCCCAAUUGCAAAGAACUUCCGAGGCCAUUUUAAGGCCACCCCUCUAUAAAGUGAUGGAAAAUGGUUGGGCCAAAUGUCUUAACACAUCACUGCUUUAAUUAUGGCUUGUGCAGGGAAAUGUCCCCUUUGGAACAUGCCCAAAGAGAGUAAAAAUAUCAGUCAGUGUUGAAAAUGAGGGUAGUGGUGGUGGUGGGGACCCGCUACAUGAAACUUCUGAUGAAGCAAACUGCUGCGCUCAUUUUCUCUUAUGUUUCAUCUUGUUUCCUUCUAGAAGAUCCAUUGGAUGAUAGCGCUGAGUCUGAUGAUGAGGAGAAGGAAGAUAAUGACGAGGUAAGUUUUAUAAGCUGGAUGCCUGAAAGUCUUAAGAGCUCACUAUGCCUUACGCGAGGCUGGAAUACUUGACCGUCAUAAUAUCUCUGCGCCCCAUAACAUUUCUGGGUCGAUCAAUUUUGGCUAGGCGUGCUAGCCAACAAAAAGUUUGUGUUGCCAGUUCCUGCCUCUCAGAAGGGCAGGUUCUUGCCUUGGCCUCUUCCUCUACCUGUGGGACACAGCAUGACAUUAGGCAGGGGGAUUUACUGCCCCUCUGUCCACCUGUUGGCUUGAAGCUGCCAAGAGCGGGAGGGGUUUUGCAAGCUGGAGGUGGGAGGUGGAGGCAGGUCCACUUGCUCUACCAAGCAAGUCCUGGGGCACCUACAUCCUCCAGUUUGGAGCUAGAGAUGAUGGGAGCUAGAGUUGCAUCUAUUUUCUCCCUCUCUACGCCUGAUGGCUUCUCAGAGGAAUGAAUCUCUGUCUCCUGCUUUCAACUCUGAGCUGCAGUCAGGGAGCAGAGACCCACCGUGGCUUUGCACUUUCACCUGACGAUUGCAGAGGCAAAAGGAACCCGAGGCGUCAGCUGAACUUUGUGGCUGGGUAUAUUUAUUUAUAAAAAUAUUUCUAUACCACUGUGUCACACAUCACAGUGGUUUUACAGCAAUAAAAACAAACCCAUACAAUAUAAGCAGCAUAAACUAAGACUUAACACUUCACCAUUGUGGCUGGAUGUAUUCUUAAUUGCCUGCAAAGGCCUGGCGGACUAGAAAACUUCUCAGCAGAUGUUUAAAAGUUGGCACAGAAGGCAGCGUAUUCCACAGGACUGGGCCAGUGACACCGGCGGCUCCGUAUAUGGGCCCAUUAAAUACGAACUACAAAAGUUGGGAUCCUCUGCAAACCCAUGCCAAAGUUUUGCAGGGUUUUUGUUUUGUUUUGUUUUUUGCAGUGAAAACCCUGUCUUUUGCCACUCACCACAAAUGGAGCAAUUGCUUCUUAAACCUAGGAUUGAUAGCUAUGACCCCAGGUUUGAGUAGCAAUUGAUGAAUUGGUGGGGCUCUGCAAAAUGGGGAGGGGGGUUGCUGCAAAACACUGCAAAAGUUUGGCACAGAUUUGGAGGGGAUCCCAAUUUGGGGGUUCAUAGUGGAGCCUCAUCAACUCAGGGAAUGACCAGUGAUGCUCCUGCGGGUUAUCUGAGUGUUUGAGCUGCGGCCCAAGGGUUUGGGCGAUCCCUUAGGUACCCUGGACCUCCAGAAAUGGGCUUACUCCCCAAAACAAGAUGAACAAAACUCUGUACUUUUGCAUCUGAGAUGCUAUGGGCUGGGGUGAAGAGAAACUUCCCUGAAGCCACAGAAUCAGGAUUUGGACCUAGGUGUUUCCCUGUCACACUGUUCCUCUUCAUCUCCUCCCCAAGUCUUCUUCCUGAAUAUAGUCACAUGGCUCAUUCCAUCCAGUUAGGAAUCCUAUAUUGAGUGGGAUGGCAUAGUUUAUCAGUUCUGGUGAGGUCACAGCACGAAGUGAAAUCACAAAGCAUUUUAUUAGCCUUGGACGGGUCACUGAAGGCAAUUUGGCGAGGGCACGCAAGGGGCAAUUCAAAUGAAUAAAUGAGCAUGUUGGCAAGGAGUGUUGAAAAAUCAUCAGAAAGGGGAGGUGUUUUUUGACACUGCCAAAGCAUGCACAAAAAAGUGAAACAGUUUUAGCUCGGUCCUAAUCCUUGGGCUUGUUAUGUGAACGUGCUGACCUGUCUUAAUUACCAGGCCAACCUGCGGAGCACGUUUUAAAGAAGAUGCUCUGAUAAUAAGCCUCCAUCCGCCCUGCUUGCAUUCCUCCACUGCAGCAAUAUCUGGGGCAUCUGUGCCAGCACCAUUACAACUGGUGAGAAAUUCCUGGAAAAAUACUGGGAUAUAAAUAGUGUGAAAUUUGUGGGCUUGAAAGGAUCAUUUGCCAAAGCAAAUGUCUCUGUCUCAUGUUCAGCAAGGCAAAAAGGGCAAGCUCUGCGGGCUAUUUAAAGGGAAGAUGAGGCUGUAGUUUGGGAAUACCUGGAAAUACCCAAAAGACUUGGGGCAGAGCCCACCGAGGUUUCCUGUUUAGGGCCCACUGCGACGGAUGGGAGGAUUGUAAAAUAUUCCUAAGAGCGCAUUCCCAUUUCACCUUCCAAGUUACAGAGCACCUUUCAUUCACCAGAGUGGAAAGGCAAGCAAUUCUAAGCUUUACAGUUUACUUAUUUGUGUAACAGAAGUCACACACCCCCACACCCCAAUUGCUGUGGUUCUAUCUCUUUGGCUGUGUAGCAGUGGUUGUUUUUCACAGGACUGUAGAUAGUAUGAAUGAAGCAUCAUUAACUGAUGCAUGUCAAUUUUUUCUUGACCUUUCUGAUCUCUAGUCAAGCAGGUUUUCCAGGUUUUUGAAACACUGUGAACAUGUCUGAUUAGCAAACAUAGUGAGACAGUUGGGGGGAGCAUGGGAACCCCAAACCUGAAUGUGUGAAGUAUGAUUUGCAGACUUCUAUAAUGACCCAGGAUCCUGAUUCUCUUUGCUUGCGUUCAGCUAGGCUGUGAGUUUCAGUUUCCUGGUACGUCUUUUAACAGUACUGGACAGGUUGCCUUUUUUGUAGAAUGAGGACUAAGACCUUUUUCUGGUUGGGGGGGGGGAAUGUUUGCCCACAGCUGACCAGCUCUUCUGCACAUGGGCUCUUUGGCCUUGACUUAUGGGUAUGAUCUGAUUCAGGUCCACAGCUCAUGUCUAGCAUACAUAGACCACUGAAUCUCUUGCACCUUAAUCUCCUCUUGCCUACACAAGAGGCCCAUGGUGCAACUUGGCUCCUGACAGAGAGAUAGUAACUUCAUAUCUGAUAAGUGGUUUGAAUCCAGAUAGAGCACACUGCCCACAGUGACUCUUUCCCCUUUGCAUGUGUGAAGAGAUGCAUGUGUUUGACCUUUGCCCUGUGGGUAAUCUGCUUUUGUUGAUCAAGACUAGAGAGUUAUUCCUUUUUUUGGAGGGGAAGGGGAGAUGUGGGAAUUCUUGAGCGGAUAGACUUCUGAUUGAACCAGCAAGGCUGCCACUGUCGUCUUCUGUAGUUGAAUUAUCCAUCGGACAAUAGCAUCCUUGUACUCUUCUGCCACCACACCCUGAUAGCCAGGACCCUCCCAAAGACCCUCCCACCGUGGAGCCACCUCCAGCACUUCCUCCUAUCAGUGAUGUCGCUGGUGACAGUCUGGAUGCCAAUUGGGCACUGGAACUAUCUCCUCCUCCUAGGUCAUAGAGCACCCAAUUGCUUGCCCAGUCUCAGGACCCCUGUCAUUGGCUGCACCAAGGGUUGUGCCCACCCCACGCUUCAAAAGGAAGAGGCAGGGUGGCCUGUGGCUUGUUGGAUCAACUUCUUAGCUUGCCUCUGGCCAUGCAAUUCACCUAAUGUGCCUUUUAAGCCUUGCCUCUGCACUGUAAUGAUUUAAGCAUUAACGAUUUUGGCAGAGACUGAAAUCCGAGUUCUCUCCGUCCAGUUGAGAGCCAGGCCUUUUCUGUUGUAAUUCUAUUCCUCCGCUUGGGCAGGUUUAAUCCUUGGAUUGCAAAAUGGGUUUGCAGGCCAUGACCUCCUGAAUGUCACCAGGGAUACUUACUAGCUUCUUGCAGGAUAUUGUUCCUGGUUUUUGAGCAAAUAGUUGUUUGUUGACACACGGCAAGCGGUUGGACCCCUUCUCCUUUCAGAAUGCAGGAAGGAAUAAUCUGCUGUUGUGAGGUGGUGAAAUUGUGUAAGGGACUGGCCUUUGUCUACCAAGGUCUUAGCCUGCAAGAGGAAGAGUUGAAGGAUGUAGAAGCAUCCUGAAACCACAAACCUACUCCCUUUGUCAGUGUCAAGAAAGGUGUGAACUUAUGUCAACACAUUCUUUCCGUAACCCAGGAAAUAAAAUGCCAUCCUCCCAAACUGUGCCAAGGAGGAGGCUUUCUGUUGACGUAACAUUUUCUACCCCUUUCUUCUAGCGCCAGCGCACUGCUUACAGGCACCUUGGAACAGUUUAAAAUCACAAUAUAUAAAAAAAAUCUGUUAUUAAAAUGCAGUAAAACACAACAGAGUGGCAUGGAUCAGCUAGGGGAGUCCUCGUCAGAGGAAGACCAGGAGAACCUACACCAAGCCCUAGGUCAGGCUUCACCUUUGGGGUGAGGAGCCAGGAUCCUGCAACAAGCCCAUCUGCACCCUGAGUGAGUUUACCCUCUGAUACUGAGGCUGGACGAGUCCCAGGCCUGUGGGAAAGGCGGCACCUUAAAUGCCAGAUGGCUUGUUUCUGAUUGUGCUUUGGAGAGCAAGCGCUACCUAUGGUCUGCCAUUUUGGAAUUCAUGAAAAACUAUAGUUGGUGCUGAGCAGGAAAUGGAGAAAGAAGACAGGAGAGAGGAAGGAAGGAAGCGUGAGCUCACAACAUUUUCGUGAUCUUCCAAAUCACAUUUUAGCCGAUAGCCUGAAUUAAGUUAUAAUUUUCUUCUUUUUCUUCACAUGAUCACGCUUGGUUAUGGUUGCCUCAUCCCUCCCUCCCUCUGUCUGCCUGUGUCAUCUUCGCCCUUCCCGCAGCAAUUGAACUUUAAAUUGUAAGCAUCUUGGGGCAGAGACCUGCCAGGUUUUCGCUUAUGUAACUCUCUAAAGUGCCACCACAUAAAUAAUAAUUGUUAGUAAUUUUAAAAAUCGGUCGAAUUCAGCAUCACGCCAUGACGAACAUUCUGUCUACACAAGGGUUUCAGCUUUUCAGACCGAAUUACCUCCUUUCCUCUGCUGAGCCAAUUUUGGGGGGCAACAGUGGAAAGAGCCCCUUUGCUCAAGUGGGAGUCCUUGUGCAGGGCUUCCACUCCUGGGGCACGUUAAUCCUGCCCAUUGUUUUAAUCGCUGCAGCAGUUGGUGAGUUUAAUUCCUCCCAUCCGCUGCACAGAGGGAGACUCACAAGGAUGCUGUGUAGUAUUUGGUGUAAAUCAGGGAAUGAAAAUCAUGGGCUUUGCAUGUCUGCUCAAUGCCUUCAUUGUACAAAUAGCCUGCAAACUCUGGUGGCAAUUUAUUUGGCUAAUUUCAUUUAACUGUUUAGAAAGAACAUUUUGUCAGAGCUGCAGCGGAACUGAGUUAGCUUCAGUGGGGAUUUGUUUGGCCGGUUUCCCUUGUAUGGAUCUCCUGUUCUUGUUCCUGCAAAGCUCACCUUUGCAAACAGCCCCUAUUUUGGAAGCCUAUGCAGAUUUCAGCCCCGCUCCUUGCAUCAGCGACGGUUUACUCCCAGUGAACAGUGAUACCAGUGUUCUGGGUUUAUUUCUUCUGGCCUUUGUCACUCUGGAGAUGACACUACAGUUUUAUUGCUUUCUGCUUCCUUUCAGCAUGGAUUUGGGCAAUUCGUGUAAAAGGCACAGUAAAAUCCAAGCAUGCCAUACUCAAAAGUCUGCGGCCACCUUGAUGAUUUACAGCGGUGGUUCCCAAAGGGGUCGCAUUGCCCCCUGGGGGGGGGAUCACCUAGAGGGGUGCUAAGAGACAAGCGAGCAGCAGGGGACCUCUGAAGGGGUCAAUGACUAUCAGACAUUGAAAAACUUCUAUCACUAGAUCAGGUUCACCUAUUUUGUUGAAUAGAUUAAACUAAAUAGUUCUAAUUGGAUUUUGAACGAAUGUGCAAUUGUUGCUGAAUUUUAUUAAGUCAUAAGCUUCCUUAGUGGGUCAUGCAAACCGCUAUUCUGAAUAAUGCUUUUUAUAGGGUAGGGGGUACUGGAGAUGUGUUGAUGGAACCAAAGGGGUGGUGGACCAAAAGCGUUUGGGAACCACUGAUUUGCAGGGUGUUCCCCUUGCCAGCCAGCUUGCGUUGAGCUGACAUAACCCCUGUGUGCUUGUUGUCUGGGCGGCAUGGUUGCCCCUACUUCCAUGGCUGCUUCCAUGCUGCUUCAGGUAACUUCAGAGAACAAGUGUGGCAUAGGGGCUAGGAGCACCCCAGACCAUGCACUUGCUCCUUCAGAGUGAGCUCAGCCCUGUCCAGAACAGGCAACUUCUCCAGCGCCCCGGACAAGGGAACCACCUCUCCACAGAGCCUCCACCUCCUUCUUAUUGAUCCUGAUCAGACACCAGUCCAAAACCUGCACAGCAUCUCCCAACUCAGACAAUACAGAGAAAUAGAGCUGGGUCCCAUCAGUGAGCUGAUGGCUCUUUGCCUCAAAUCUCCUAAUGGUUGUCUUCAGUGACUUAGGGUGGUGGAUAGGACUGGGGACAGAAUGAAACCCUAUGGAACACCAUAACUUAACUGUUGUGGACUGAAGAGUGGCUACCUGCUUCUGUGCUCUGGAGAUGACCUUCUAGGCAGGAGCAGAACCACGGUGACACCUUGCCCGACUAGCUGACAGAACUGUAACUUUAUGUCUGCCUUUUGCCUGAUGAAGACGCUGCUUGGCGUUGGGAGCCAUGCACUGCAUCUCAUUGGCUUUGCCUGUCACAUGGUUUAUUCCCGUGACCUGAGAACUGUCCCGGCUCUUAGGGGUCCCUGACUCUCUGCUUUCAUGUCAUGGCAGGAAGACCACAACAGCAUGGAGGCCGACUUGGACAAAGACGAAGUGUUGCAGCCUCAACAGGGGGAGUUGUCGGGUGAGAAGCUCCUGACCACGGAAUACUUGGGAGUAAGUAGUGGCUUUGGGUAUUAUGCUUGCCAAAAAUUUGUAUUUUGAGUUAUGUAUCAAAAAGAGAAAAAUGACAAACUGAGCAUACCUCCCUCCCUUUUACCCAGCCUGAAGACAUAGUUCAGAUUUUAGUAGCAAUAGCCUAAUAAGCCUUAGAAUGUUGCCUUAUUUUUUUCUUUAAAAAAAGGCACUGAUUUGCCUAAUAAGCCUUAGAACGUUGCCUCCAUGUGUUGGGGGAGGCGGGACAAGACUUGACCCUCUUCUUCCUUCCCACUGCACCUGGCCUUUGGACAAGCACUAGCAUGGACUCAGGAUGCGUCCCCCUCCUGAGGUCUCUGUUUAGUGCAGCUGAUCUCUCCUCCUCAUUUCAGAUCAUGACCAACACACCGAAAGCGAAGAAGAAGCCGAUCCCCAGCAUCCCGCAAAGCAUUGACGAGCCCCUCCAGAGACCUGUGACACCGGGCCAUCACAGGGCUGCCUACCCAACGUAAGUCUGGGCAAACAAGCCAAAAGCUGGGAGGCCUUUUGCUUUUGACCUUGGUUCAAAGAAAAUGCAAUUCAGAUUGAUGGAAAGAUUCUGACGAAAUAAAACAGCAUUAGACAGGACGUUGCCCUUGCUUUGUUUUUUAAAAGAAGUUUUCACUUAGAGCAACACAUGCCCUUUGUCGGGGUGGGAUAGCUCCUUGCAUCUCCCCAUAACUAGCAAAAGCAUAGUAAAUCCAGGCAAAGUUAUGUAGACACAAGUUGCAGGUUUUCUGCCGUGAUAUUUGGAUUGUCUCUAGAUGCAGAUUUUUUGAAACAGAGUGGAAUAGGCAAAGCCCUGCCUUUGGUGUCGACCUCCAGCUUUGCUGUGCAUGUUCCUAUAAAGACCUUGGGCUAGCCAGGCCCUCCUACGCCCUCCCUGGAGCCGCUUCCUCAAGCUACAGCUGUUAAGAGCCAGUGACUCAGGGAAAGGAGCAGGGGAAAUCACAAGGCCUCUCCCCUCCUGCCCUGUGUUCCUUGCCAGAUGUUAGCGUCUCUCUCCUGCCAUCGUCACCUAGCAGCAUCUGAAAGGCCACAGGUUCACAUCCAUGCUGUGUCAAUGUUUGUACAAAUCUGUAUGGAGAAAGAGGCAGAACCUCCAUCCAAAAGAAACACUUGGGGACAAUGCGUGAAGGUCAGGAGGAAGCAGGAACAGUGCAGAGGGCAAAAGCGCAGAGAGGUGUUGUAAGGCUGGCAAGAUGAUGCAGAUAAGCUUUGGACGCUCAAAAAUGUGAUAUGGUAUCAUCAUCGUCAUCUCAGAAGCAUAGAAUUGUAGAGCUGGGACAGACCCAAAGGGUCAGCUGGUUCAAUCCCUUGCAAUGCAGGAAUUGCAGCUAAAUCUGACCAAUAUGAACAUAGUUGUUCAAAGAAGCCGGUUUUGUUUCUCAGGCUCAACAGCCCUUUUUGCAUUAUUACCCAAAUUAGGGUGCCAGCAUGGGAGCCAGCCAGAACUGUUGGGAAGAGCGGCCAGGUUUGCAGGAAUGGCUGUCAUCUGCUUAGUUUUUUAAGUGCCCUUGCUGGUUUUCUUGUGACAUUUCCAGCCACGGUUGGUGUUUCAUCUCAGCGUGCAAGGCAGGAAGCUUUUAAACUGCAUAAAUGUGAAGAAGAGGCAUUUGCAAAAUAGCAGGCUUUUCAUUGCCCUUCCUAGCAGGUGGGGCUUUCUUCGUUUUCUAGGUGUUUUCGGGUACGAUAAAAUGAGAAGUCCUCCUUAUUACAAUAUGGUGGAUUAUGCUUCUAAAAAUAUAGUGAGAUCUAAAGCUUUCCACCUGCUGUCACUCCCUCCCUUUACUUUUUGAACAGCACACAACCACUGCAGAGAGGUAAUCGCUUUCAAAAACUCUCUGCCGCUUCUCUUUCUUUUCUGCCUACUUUUCACCCCGCUGUCACCAUUUGCAAGACCUAACAGGACUUAGCAACAGAAACAGCCAGCGUGGAAACAUUGAAGUGGUUAGAUUUAAACAAUGCGCUGGAUAAGUGCCAUGAAAUUACCCCUCUUUGCUCCUUUUUCUCUCCCCUCUCAACUUCCACUCACAAGGCUGUGAAAACUCAGGGUGGGAGAGAGAUGAGAUACAAAGCACUCUCAGACCCAGGCGUUGGGAAACGAAUUGAUGAUGAAAGCAUUUCCCCCAGCUCAGUACCGUAAUGUAGCCUUUCCCAACCUGGUGCCCUCCAGAUAUUGCAGGAGUACCACUCUGGUUAUCCCUAACCAUUGAGCUGGCUGCUGGGAGUCUAAAACGACUGGAAGGCUCCAGCUAACUAAAGGUUGCUGUAGUAGUAGUAAUAAUAAUAAUGAUGAUAAUGAUGUAAUAUUCUAUGCCAGAGACAGGCUCCCUUGGAGCACGCCAUGUCACAUGCAAACUGGGAAAUGGUAAAUAAUAGCCUAAGGUAGCAACCUGUGCCCAUGCUUAAGUCAUUGGGCUCCAGCUCCCAUCAGCCUCAGCACUUUGAAUUGUGCUCGGAAACGUACUGGGAGUCAAUGCAGAUCUCUCAGGACCGGUGUUAUAUGGUCUCGGUAGCCACUCCCAGUCACCAGUCUAGCUGCCGCAUUCUGGAUUAAUUGCAGUUUCCGGGUCACCUUCAAAGGUAGCCCCAUGUAAAGCACAUUGCAGUAGUCCAAGAGAAGAACGAUGACAGGGAGGUGCGGGCGGUGGUGGUUUGAAUGGAGCAAAGAAAAAGAAAGUAGGUAAAUGAGGGUUGCUACUGUCGGGUACUAUGCACCUUGAUUUUAAAAAAGAACUUAUUAAAUUAUUAUGUCUGGGAAGAGACGGGCAGGGAGCAUUUGCUGCUCUGCCACAGGCUGCAAAAUGCCUUGGAGCAACCUUGUGAAGUCCUGGAGCAGGAAUAGCCAAACAGCAGCUGCUCCAAGCCAGACGGAUGGAGUGGCUGUAGUGUACCACCUCUGCCGCAGCUGCUGCAACCGUAGAUAACAUCACAAGCAUUGCGAUAAUCCCUUGCACAGGCCUUUUGAUGCGUCAUGUGGGCACCAGCCCCAGGUGCCACUCGUGGGAGCCUCAGAUUUCACCUGCUGCUUCCUGCAAGGCACAUUUCAGACCUGGCAAUUUAAUUUGGCGUUCUCCAGACCAGGGGGAAUCGUGAUUUCUUUCUCAGCUGGAUUUGAGGAAAGCCCUUGCCAUUCGCCGGAUCAGGCGACCCAUGGUCAUCAGAAUGCGGCAUCUCUGCCAUUUACAUUGAUUUCUCAGUUGCAUUUUAAUAGUGUGGUAAAAGCAAAGUUCUAAGUGCAAGUGCAUAUAAAUAGCAGCAACCAAAUGUGGAAAAGGUGGACAUCUCAAAAAACAACAAAAAACAACAACACAAGUACUGUGCUUUCUUCACUGUCACCCUCAGGGAUUGGAACUGGCAGCCCAGAGACUGUAGCUCAGGAGUAGAUCAUAUGAUUUGGGUGCGGAAGGACCCAUGGUCAGUUUCCCACACCUCUGAAAUAUUGGUGCUGGAAGAUUCCUAUCCAAAUAACAGAGCUGUUACCCAUCAGAAUGGAGUUCAGCCUUCCCCAGUCUGGUGCCAUCCAGAAACGUAGAUAGAUAGAUAGAUAGAUAGAUAGAUAGAUAGAUAGAUAGACUUUAUUUACAUUAGCCAACGGCCAUAGCAACAUAAAACAAGCAAUGUAUACAAUUAAAAAGACAACAAUGGGUAAAAAGGACCAUCAAAUGACCAAGAUUAUCGUUCAGAUAGUGGCCCUUAAUCUCAUUGCACCCUCGAUAAACCUAGCAACCUUUGCUGUUGUCUGAUCAUUUUGAUCUGAUAAAAGAAAGAACAAUGUGGCCUCAGAUGGGCGGCCUGGGAUGGUAAGUAGGAGUGGGGUGAUGAUCUCAUUCCUCAGAUCUUAUAAAGGGAACAGGACAGGAGAUCAUGAGCCACUGUUUCCAGAUUGCCAUCUCCACAGGGGCAGAGUCGUUUCUCAAUUGGAAUCUUUUGGUACCUGCCCUCAAGUACGGCAGAGGGCAUCACAUCCAAUCUGGCCAGUGUGAAGGCACGUCUGUAUUUUGGAAUAGUUAAUUUAUACAAAUAUGGUGCCAGGGAAUCAAACUGAGAAGGGAAAAAAAGGCAUACCAAGGACAGAAACGUAUUUAUUUCCUGAAAUUUAUACACUGGUUGAUUUUUGUACAAAAAACAAAACAUCAAAAAAAAACCCCAUCAAUGUGGUUUACGAGUGGGUUGCUUUUUUAUUUUGGUUAUGUAUUUUGUGGUUUUAUAUUUUGAUUUUAUUCUGUGAACCGCCCAGAGACGUUUGGGCAUAGGGUGGUAUAUAAAUUCAAUUAAUAAUAAUAAUAAUAACAGUAAUAAUAAUAAUAAUAAUUUAUUAUUUAUACCCCACCCAUCUGGCUGGGUUUCUCCAGCCACUCUAUCAAUUUAUUUUACUUAUAAAAUAAAUACAUAAAAACAACUUUUAUUAUUAUUAUUUUUUAAGUUUUUAUUGUUAAAAUAAUUCAGCAUUAAUACACACAUAUUGCGAAUAUACAAACAUACAUUUCAUACAAUCCUUAAAAAUGUUCAAACAUACCUACACUCAAUCCCACAGAUAAUUCCUUUUCCCAUCACCAUAAAAACAACUUUUAAAUAAUCAAAAGAUAAAGUCAACAAUUGACUAAAAACAGAUUGAAACAAAUGUUCACAUUCUUCACUUCUGGGCAGGCUUUUGUCUAUAAACAACAAUGUUUUUAGCAGGCACCCAAAAGAGUACAGGGAAUGUGUCUGCCUGGGGUCAGUAGGCAGGAAGUGCUGCCACACUAAAGAUUUCUUACAAAGGCAGAACGAGUUUUAUGUGCCACCUAAAACUGUGCUAGUUCCUUACAUGGAAGUGACCAGGUGGACGUAUGUGGGGUAAGACAAUCUUGCAGGUAAACUGGUCCCAAGUUGAUGAAGGUUUUGUAUACUAAUAGCAACACCUUGAACCUGGCCCAGUAGCAAAUCGGCAACCGGUGCAGAUCUCUGGGCAUAUUGUUGGACAACAAUUCCCAUUAACCCAGCCAGCAUGACCAGUGAUCAGGAUUGUUUGGAGCUGCAGUCCGAAAACCUAUGGGAGGGAGCCACCCGAUUAGGGAAGCCUAGAGCAGACCGUAAUGAGCUAAUGGGCCAAUGGAAGACUUCCUAUAAGGCAGGUGCAAGCAUUCAGCUUACUAUAAAAGGGACAGAAUCAAACGGAAAUGCAAAUCUUGAUCUGACACAGUGGAAUGAGUUGAGAGGAGGCUUUUGCCCAGCUUUGUUAAGGAGCUGCGUACAUAAUCCCAGAGUUCUCUUCCGCAAAAAUGUCCUGACUUUGCUAAACGAGGGGGAAACUGCACCGCAAGGCUGCUUUGGUGCUGGCAAGCCAGCUUGCAAUGCAAAAUGCCUCUCUAUUACAGGAAAUGCAGGAGGCAAUAAUUCUUGCACGAUAAUCGUUUUCAGUUACAAGCAUUCACCGUUCUUUGACUUUUCGUUUUCCUUGCCAGGCCGGAAAAUGAUGCCCUUUCUUCCUGUAGCAGGGACAGCCAUCUCCAGUCUGAGCAGAACUCCCGUCCCCCCACCCGCAGCGGCAAGAGACCCAGCCAUUCCGAGCUCUGCUUCUCUUCAUCGUGUAAGGAUUGGAUGGAAGUCCGCGAAUUUUAGGUUUAAGUCGGCCAUUUCAAGGCAUAUCAGUGAACAUGCUCCUCUGGUCUAGAUAUUACGCUGCUAGCACUCCCCCAAUCUGGUGUCAUCCAGAUGUUUUGGACUACAGCUCCCAUCAUGAUGGGAGUUGUAGUCGAGACCCACUGCAGGGCAUCAGGUUGGGGGAACGUUGUUGCCACAAGAGGGUUUGAAAGAUGGGUGGACCAGCAGGCGGGGCACGGGACACGAGAUGUGGGCCCAAACAUUUGGCAGAAAAAGCACCACCUCCCAAAUUUUGAAGCAUUUCUUUUCUAAAACAGCAGUUGAAACUGAAACCUCUGAGGGGUCCCUGGGGCGUCUUGGAAUGGUUGGUUCUCCCCCAUCAGCUGCUGAGAUCCUGACUCUCCAGUCCUUCAGUGUUGCCCAGGACAGCGUAGACCGACUGUCAGACAGGUAUGUAAGUGUAUUGUCUAUUGAAAGAGUGGCCUGUAAAUUCUUAAGUAGCGUAUUUAUCAUAGAAUUGCAGAAUCAUAAAGUCAGAAGGGACCCCAAGGGUCACCGGGCUCAGACCCCUAUUUCUUCUUUAUUUUUCUUUGGCGAUCACUUGUAGCCAAGUAAUAUUGUCUUCCAUGAAUACGGUUUUAACAGUGAGUCCGUAAGUGACUGUGGAGGCUAAUUCUGGAUCCACACGUCCUUCCACAGUGGGGACAUUGGUUUCCGGGCAGGAGCUGAUCAUGGUGAGGGUUUGCCAAGCGUGCCUUCCUCUUAGCACAUUUCUCCCUUUCAUCCUGAAUUUGAGCAUCUUCAAAGCCCAUGACACCUUUGGUCAAGGCUGUUCUCCAACUGGAGCGCUCACAGGCCAGUGUUUCCCAGUUGUUGGUGUUUAUACUACAUUUUUUUUAGAUUUGCCUUGAGAGAGUCUUUAAACCUCUUUUGUUGACCACCAGCAUUACGCUUUCCAUUUUUAAGUUCAGAAUAGAGUAGCCCCCUUACAAUGCGGAAAUCACAGGUAAAGAAUCCCUAAGAGGUGACAACCUCUGUUUAGAAAACUCCAAUGAAGGGGAGUCCACCACCAUCUGAGGUUGUCCGUUCCACUGCCAAAUUACUCUUACCAUCAGAAAUUUAUUCCCAAAUGUUCCUCUCAAUGUUCACAUUCCACUGUAGCUUUUGUCCAUCAAUUGCAAUUAGCCUUCGGGGCCAAAUAAUAAUUCAUAGCGUUUUUCUUUGAAUGUGUUUCUUGCAAAUGGGGAAGUUCCGAGGCAAAUGGGCAGACGUGACAUUUCACGGGUGUGAAUCAGUGCCAUGGACGUAAGCAGGGCUCUCGGCUGGUCCAGCAUCCUGUUCUCACAGGGGCUAGUCAGAUGCCUAAGGGAAGCCCACAAGCCAGGACCCGAGUGCGACAGGACUCUUCCUGCCUGUGAUUCCCAGUGAUUGGUAUUCAGAGUCAUACCUCCUCUGGCAAGGAAGGUAGAACACAGUGAUGGGGACUAGUAGCCGUUAGCAGCUUUUUGCUGCAUGAAUUUGUCUAACAGUCUUUUACAGCCGUCCAAGUUGGCCAAAGGGACGCGGGUGGCGCUGUGGGUUAAACCACAGUCUAAGACUUGCCGAUCAGAAGGUCGGCGGUUCGAAUCCCCGUGACGGGGUGAGCUCCCGUUACUCGGUCCCUGCUCCUGCCAACCUAGCAGUUCGAAAGCACAUCAAAGUGCAAGUAGAUAAAUAGGUCCCGCUCCAGCGGGAAGGUAAACGGCGUUUCCGUGUGCUGCUCUGGUUCGCCAGAAGCGGCUUAGUCAUGCUGGCCACAUGACCCAGACACUGUACGCCGGCUCCCUCAGCCAAUAAAGUGAGAUGAGCGCCGCAACCCCAGAGUCGUCCGUGACUGGACCUAAUGGUCAGGGGUCCCUUUACCUUUACCUUUAAGUUGGCCAAGCUGUUAUUUCACCCAUAUCUUUUUCUGUGUGUUUACAGAGUCUUUAGUUGCAAAAUGUGGUUUGAAACUUGUAGGAGCUGCAGUGUACCAAAGCAAGCCAAGUCUCAUAAAGAAUCAUGACAUUAAUGGCCCAAAUGAUUUGGUGUAAGGUAGAUUCAUUUGCUCAUAAGUCUUCCAGACGUCUCCCAGUUCCGGGGCAGCAACCGCAGAUGUCCUUGACUCGUCCUGGCUGCGGGAACCAGCAUCUCCAAGCAGCCAGUCUGGACUUCUGCGCUAAAGAACAGAAGCCUGUGUUUUUCAGCCCAAAGGCAAGAAUCUGUAGCCGCAGUUAAUCCUUCCAUUGCACAAUGUGUGUUUUCCCCUUUCGAAGUGGAAGACUAAGAAUGUAAGAAGAGCCGGCUGGAUCAGGCCAACGACCCAUCUAGCCCAGCACCCUGUUCUCACAGUGGCCAACCAGGUGCCUGCGGGAAAUUUGCAAGCAGGAUCUGAGCACAAGAGCACAUUCUCUCUUGCUGCCUCCAGCUGUGGAGGCAGAGCAGAGGCAAUAAUCUUGUGUUCAUUUUUUUUAUUGUUAUUUUUGGGCCAGUAAUUAUGCUUGGUGGUAAGGGAGGGUCCCCAAAGAGCAAGCAGCCCUCAGCAGUGGUGGAGGGGGAGAGAAAGUUCCUCACCCCCUUUUUCCAAGGGGGCGAAUGUGUUUUAGAAGGUGCCACGUAAAUCCAACCUGCGUGUAUAUAGUUCUGGUUGCCUCUCUGUAUAGCAUGACGUUCACUUUAGGAGGGCUAUAAAAGUGUCAGGGUGUCCAAGCGCUGCCCAGAGAGGAGGUUGAGGUGGGAAUUGACUUCCCUGAAGUUAGGCCUCUUCUGUUAAACAGCUGUUGUCUUGAAAUGGUACAGAUAAACUGCAUCAGGAACAAAGAGAGCUGUGUGUGUUUGUGUGUGUCUUCAUUCCCGGUUUGCAAGCCUCUUGGAAGCCGCCUGUCUGGCUGCUGUUGCGAACAGAAUGCUAAACUAGAUAGAUCCAUGGUCCCUUCCUUGAGGAAGUCUAUCAUCAGCAGGUGUUAGCCAUGGUAGAGAAAUGGAACCUCCAUGUUUAGUCGCAGUCUAACUCCCGAGUCCCACCUGCUAGAGUCAGAACCCCACGGGACGGCCAUCACCCUUGUGAUGCCUACUUAUAAGAUUCUUAGAAGCAACUGGCUGGCCGAAAAAAGAAGCAAGGCAUUGGGCUAGAUCAGGGUUGAGGAGCCAAGGGCCACAUUCCCUUGUGGGCAACUUUCCAGGGGCCGCAUGCAAAUGGUGCGUAGGGACAGAGACAACAAGCAGGUUGGGGCAACGGGGGCAAUUCACGCUUUUGCUCUGUAGGCUGCAUUCCAGCCCAAACUCAGGUUUUUGCACAAACACCCCUCCAGGCAUUUUAAAACACAAUGCAGUUCAAGGGUACAUUCCAGCUGACCAAAAGCACUUGAAAGAGGGCACGGAUCAGGGCCACUGAGGUGGGUGCCCAGACAGAGAGGCCUGGAGAGCUACAUUUGGCCCCUGGGUUCUGGUGAAGAGGGGAUUUAUUUAUAUUACUUACCUUUCACUCUUCAUUUUUGGCAGUUUCCAAGCAGUUUCAGCAGGGCUCCCGCUGGGUUCCUGUUCAGGCACAGCUUAGCAUCAGCCCCAACUCUUUGUGUUGCCAUCCACUGAUGCCCUUUUGUGCAGCUGCAGCCCACGCAGAUGCUCACAGUGGCUAAGGGAGGAAAUGGCAAGAAAAUGUGUGGAUGCUCUGAAAACGUGGUAGCUCCAUAAAUGAAGCUCCACGGUGGGCAAAUAGUUUUCAGUCUUGCACGACAGCGGAGUUAACAGCUGCACGGGUUCUUGAGCAGGGAAGAAAGUGAUCUGGAGAAACCAUAAGAAGAAUGAACUCAUCCCAAGGUCCCAUGGUUCUAUUUGUGCAGGGUUACUUGGAUAGGGAAAUCCUUGAAGAACACUCUUUUCCAGGACAGUAAGAUACCCGAGUGCCUUGCUUUUGUCCCACAGUCACUUGUAGGAGAUGAGUUCAGAUAAAAGAUAGAUAGAUAGAUAGAUAGAUAGAUAGAUAGAUAUGGACUGCUUGAUCCCACUGUGCCUCAUGACCAGAGAUGGUAGGUGUUCUCUUAAGCUUUUAUGUGCUAGCGCAUCUUUAGAUGUUUUUUUCUGUGGAGCCAUGAGGAUUACCUGCUUACACUUCGUAGAAAUGAAGCUGAUCAUUCAACAAACUUUUACUCACUGUAGACCUGCAGAGAUUAAUGGAACUAAGUUACUCCUGGCCAUUAAUUCCAGAGGGUCUACUCUGAGUAAAAGUUAGUUGAAUACAGCCCUGAGGUUCUUGGGUCCCUGGCACGCUAUGUGAUUCUCUGGUACGCUGCAUUUUGAUCCCAGCUAAGUAGUGGUGAGUCCGUCCCCCCCUGUAUAUGCCAUGCUAUACCUGAAUGAUUCCCUGGUUGUAAUAUUAGAAAGAUAACUACCGUAUUUUUCGCUCUAUAAGACGCACCAGACCAUAAGACGCACCUAGUUUUUGGAGGAGGAAAACAAGAAAAAAAUAUUCUGAAUCCCAGAAGCCAGAACAGCAAGAGGGAUCGCUGCGCAGCGAAAGCAGCAAUCCCUCUUGCUGUUCUGGCUUCUGGGAUAGCUGUGCAGCCUGCAUUUGCUCCAUAAGACGCACACACAUUUCCCCUUACUUUUUAGGAGGGAAAAAGUGAGUCUUAUAGAGCAAAAAAUACGGUAAAUGUUUCCUGGCGUGGGUGGGAAGGUGAGAGAACAUUGUUCUACUUGUGUUUUAUUCUCUCCCCCAAUUAUUUGUGGCUUAUGAGUCACCAGAGCAGAAUUUCUUUUCUUUCGCUUGCGUGCCUUCAAGGUGGUUUCUCCCAAGAAAGCGAGAGAACACAGAGAGCCAGUAGAUAAAGAUUUAUGUCUCUGUGGCGGAUGUCUCACAUGCCCCCCUUUCUUCUUCCUGCCAGAGUAGCACCUAGUCGUCGUCAUAUCACGGAAGCCCUGCUCAUUCCCACCGCCAGCUCGACUGAUUUGCCCUCCGGUUGUGGUUGGGUCAUGAUGUUGCGGUUGGGUCAUGAUGUUGCGGUUGGUUAAUGCUGACUUACGUCACAUACGGAGAUCGAGGGAGAUGCUGCGAUGGCCUUGUCAGGUGCUUUAUAUCUGGAUGUGAUUUAAGGCACUGGUUUGUGUAUCCCCAAUAAAAACUGUUUUCCCUGAAGGCAAAUUCCACUGAGCGUAUGUCACAUGCAUUCCUUGUUAAGGCUCAAAGAUUCAACGCCUGGCACCUGCCUUUGGAGGGCACCAGGCAGGCCGGGGAAGACCAGAGCAGGCAGCACUCAUCAAGGCAGACCAAGAGAUAGUGGUCAGAUGUCAGACUAGUCCCUGGGAGAGACCAGGGUUCAAAUUCCUGCCCAGCUGUGAAGCUCUUUGGGUGACCUUGGGCAAAUGGCUCCUUCUCUCUCUGCCUAAUCGACCUUGCAGGGUUGUGAGGGUAAAAUGGCGGAAAGGGAGAACAAUGUACAGUGUCAUGAGCUCCUUGGAGGAAAGGUGUAAUAAAUAAAUAAGACAGCCCCCUGUAUUCUCCCUCUACUUUGUGAGUUUGAAGAGAGGAGAGAGGGGAGAGCCACAAGGGCUCGCUGAUGGAGCACGUUUUGGCCAGACCAGACGUGACGCAGGAUGUCUGAACAGGUUGUUUUCUGAGCUUAAAAGGAACCACGAAGGCCCCUGAAUGGAACUGGGGCUGGGGGCAGAACGAGCUGGCUGGCUGGCUGGCUGGCUUGAAACCCUUUCCCCCUUGUGCCAUUUCCACCAGCAUCUGCCCCCACCCCCACCCAAGCUGCUAGAGGCAAUUCCCAAAAUAUAGAACCAGGGAAUUUAGAUGUACUAAGGCUGCUCCGUGGCUGGUGCUCCCAUGGGUUGGGCAAAAGGCCUAUCUCAUCUCAAACUGAAAUUUAAAUAGAAGCCGUCAGUUCUUUAGCAAGUGUCCAUGUCUGUAUACAUUCCAGAUAUCAUCGAUAAUACCUGUCAGAUACCAAUAGAUCAUUGCACAAGAAGUGAGCAUCAUGAAAGUUGCGGGGAGGGGGACCAUGUGUUUAGAAAUGGCCCACAAGCCAUUACAGCCUGUUUUGCUAAAUGAAACAUUUAGAAUCCGCUCCAUUUGGUUCUGGACCCCUCUGAGUUCAAUUUCUAACUAUGAGAUUCUACCAGAUAAUGAUCUCUGUAUUUUUAUUAUUUAUUAUUUUUGACCAGAGGCUUCCUGCUCGACUGGAAAGGGGGUUGGCAAGAUCUUCUGAAAAGAUAGCAGAGAGGGCUGUAAAAAGAAGCAAGCAAACAGGGCGGCCGAAAGGCAGUUCAAAGAGAGUUUUUACUGCCUUAUUAGCAGGCCUGAGCCAUCAAUGGCAACAGUUUGCAAAAGCAAAGUCUCAAACAAUGGGAGCAGUUUGAGGAAAUGGAGAAGCUGGGAGGUUGUUAACUCUAAUGGCCACCUCUCUGGCAGGUGGCUGUGGAGGAAGCUCUGCAAACUCAUCCACAUUCCUUUCAAGAGGGAAGAGUCCUGCUUUUUUCAAACACCCCCCACCCCCACCCCUCACAGUGACUUUCUUUGAUGGGGUGUCUGUGUUGGCCUGUUUGUGAGAGACCCUUUGAGGUCCCAUUUUAAUUGCUUCUCUAUAACUGAGACAUCUCAGGAAUCUAUCACUUUUUACUCCUUUCCUGCAUCUGAGUUGCUCCUUGCCUGUCGGGCCACAACCUGGCUAUUAAGAGGAAAAUUAACCUGUGCCAAAGUUUUGCAGUUGGUUUUUUUGCAGCGAAACCCCUGCGUUUUUCAGCACCCCACAAAUUGAGAAAUCGAUAUGAAACACAGGGUCUGUACUUAACAUUAACUAUGAAUCCCAAAAAUUGGAAUCCCCUGCAAACUGUUGAAGUUGUUUUUCAGCAUUGGUUCGUAGUUAAAGGGGCCGCUGUUAAGGCAGCCAGAGAACCUCUUAACAACGGAGUGUUCUGUGCUUAGUUUUAAAAAACCAAAUAAACCAAGAAGAGGGGAGGAAAGGCAUGAGCACUACCUUUGCCCAGAAAUCGGUUUUUCCUAAGCCCCAAGUCGCAGACAGGCAGUAUUGUGUGUGUGUGUGUGUGUGUGUGUGUGUGUGUGUGUUCACUUUGUCCAUGCCCAGAGGCAAGUUUUCACAUGGCCUGAGGCUGCAUGUAAACCCAGCCUGACUCUGAGCUUUUCCCAGCAGUUAAACUAGUUAAACUGUGGAACUCGCUUCUGCAGGAAGCAUUGAUGGUGACCAACCGGGAUGACUUUAAAACAGAAUUAGACAAAUUCGUGUAAGAGAGGGCUAUCAAUGGCUACUGGCCCUGAUGGCCACAUUUGGAGGCAGACAUGUUUCUGAAUCCCAGUUGCUGGAAACCACAGGAGGUGGGCAGAGGGCUCUUGUGCUCGGAUCCUGCUUUCCGGUUUCCCACAGGAAUCUGAUUGGCCACUGUGAGAACAGGAGGAAGGACUAGAUGGGACAUGGGCCUGAUGCAGCCGGCUCUUCCUCCUUCCUUAUGAAAGGAAGUUCUGGGACUCAGCCCUGAGACAAAUGGAAGACCCAGGCUUCCUUUCUGCAGCUUCUCCAUAGUUAUUAACAACACCUGCUGUUAUAUGAUGCAUCUACUGCUUUACAUAGUGCAAGAGGACAGGUUCCUGCCCUGAGGAGGUUACAAACUAGCAUUGGACAGCCCCAGAGGAAGGUGGAGAAUGUGCAUUCACUUCAGGGGCCGUUUACUUAAGCAGCUGUUGUAGGGUCAGACUGAGGAAGGUUAAGCUAAAGUAUUUAAAGGGAAAUGUGAAUUUUGAGGAAGAAUUUAUGUGAGACGUUUGCCUGAAUAAAUGGUAUGAAUGCUGUUCCUUGCUAGCGUGUCAGUUGUUUAACGGGUACUUAACAAUUUCGUUACAAGGCUGAUGCCAGCCAGAAGAAAGUCUGCCAUGUCAAUUAAUGCUAAUCCAAUAUGUUUUCAAAAUGUUGUAGGAUUCAGGGUCUUUUGUUGCAGAAUUCCAGACUCCUUGCAAACUUCUGCCUUGUCUUGUGGUGCUCAGUUGACUUCAUUAAUUCAGAAGAUUAAUAUCCCAUCUUUUUCCAAGUCGCAAAGGCUGCUCUGUCCCCCGUUUUUUUAAUUCCUUUUCUCCCUCUUGCAGCGACUUCCUUCCUGGCCUCCCCAGCAAACCCAGGCUCCCUUGCUCCCCGGACUUCCCGAGUGCCAGGCCUGGAAGGGGCAAAAUCCCAACCAUCGCUCCCCAGUUCUCCCAGUCUGGGCCCCAGCAGACCAGCCGCCCUGGCUCUUCUGGAUCCUCGUCAAGGAGCAGGCAGAGUAAGAGCAAAAUCGCCUUAUUUUGUGAGGAGUCUGUGUGAGAGCUCAGCAGGAGCCCUCAGCAGGAAUCUCCACGAGAGAUUCACUCCUACACGUGGGAGCAUAAACUUCCGUAUAAUAUUUUGCAUGGUCUGGGCUGGUUCCAGGAAACAUCUUUGACCCUGUCUUUUGCCACCUGAGGGAGGUGUGUGUUUUUGGGACUCACCUUCUUUUUAUGGUUGUUAUUGUAAAUUGUUUUUAAUACUGUGCUUUGCUGCUGUAACCUGCUCUGAGGUAUUAGGGUGGAUAACAGAUAAAUAAUACUUCAUUGCUUGAUGGCACACAGCCAGACGGGUUAAGAAAAGGAUUGUGUUGGAGAAGUGUGCAUGCUUCUCUAGGGUAGUUCCUUCCAGGGGCUUCGGCGAUAGCUGCACUGGUGCCAUCUCUAGGGGCCCUGGGUGCCUGGGCAACCAAACAAAAAAAUUGUGGGGGCUUGGACACAACUUCCAGUUUGGUACCGGAAGCUGCGUUGGAGGCCUGAGGCGAUGUUCGAUACGACGUCUGGCGAGGCCUUGGACGUGACCUCCAGGGACCCACACAGAAGAAGAAGAAGAAGAGUUUGGAUUUGAUAUCCCGCCUUUCACUCCCCUUCAGGAGUCUCAAAGCGACUCACAAUCUCCUUUCCCUUCCUCCCCCACAACAAACACUCUGUGAGGUGAGUGGGGCUGAGAGACUUCAGAGAAGCGUGACUGGCCCAAGGUCACCCAGCAGCUGCAUGUGGAGGAGCAGGGAAGCGAACCCGGUUCACCAGAUUACGAGUCCACCGCUCUGAACCACUACACCACACUGGCUUUACACCGCACAACCUCAGAAGCGCUGCUGCGGCAUGCCUGCGCAACGUGACAUCAUGACAUCACGUUACGUCGCGGGCACCAUUGAGCGGCACCAUUGAGCACCCAUAGCCUGGGGCCCAAGUCAGCAACUUGAAUGGCAGCUGGCAUCUUCCUUUGCCAUGCAGCAGACGGAAGGACGGGAAAGGGAGAGGGUUUUUUUUUAGUGUUCUCAUCCUCAUCACGUCCACGAAAUGAGAAGGUUAGCACAGCUGGUACUAGGAAUGAGGAGCUGCUUUCCAGGCAGGUUCGAUGCUUUUUUCUUCUGGCCUCACGCUCUGUCAAGCAUUCCUUGCUGCCCCCCUGCUGCCCCCCGCCCCCGCCCCCCACCCUCUGUUUACUCCCGUUGCCUCUGCAUUCUGUUUCCUGCGAUAGGAGCUCUGUCCAGCCUGGAUCAAGAGGGCUCUGCUAACACGCACACGAGUCCUCCUGCUCUUCCUGCUUCGCUCCUGCCGCUGGCUCAUUGUCACGCUGAAAAGGAAGUGUGGCUGAAAUGCGGAAAGUGCACACUGGCCAAGAAAGCGGUCUCUGAAGCCCCCGUGCUUCCCGCUUUCCAGGGAAAGUGGAACUGAACUUCUGGGCACAUGAGUGGAACAGGAAGCCCAGGUCCUCCAUGCAGUGUCAGCUUGACGGUUUGUGGCGCUCUCAUAAUGCAAACCCACAUUACCGCUUUUUUAAAAAGCUCCGAGGCUUGCAAGAAAAUAGCAGCUGGAGUUUCUUCCUUCCCCCUUCCUUUGCCUGUUAGUGGCAUGACUUGGUUUUUGUGGUUGCCCUUCCCAGUUCGGGCCACCAUCUCCAUUGUCUUCAAGACAACACAUUUCUAACCCUUCCAUACAUUUUAAGCAGUAAGAUUUCUUACCUGACGAAGCAAGUCUUGUGCUGGUCAAAGGAGAAAGGCCUGAGCGCAGCUUCCUCAAACCUUUUCGGCUUGCUAGCCCUAAAGAGGGAAAUUUCGCUCCAGGAUACAAAUUGGAUCAGGUGGAAGUAGCCCAGGGAUCUCAUGGGGCUUUGUGUGGUGUAGUGAUUAUGAGCUGUGGACUCGUAAUCUGGUGAACCGGGUUCGCUUCCCUGCUCCUCCACAUGCAGCUGCUGGGUGACCUUGGGCCAGUCACGCUUCUCUGAAGUCUCUCAGCCCCACUCACCUCACAGAGUGUUUUUUGUGGGGGAAGAAGGGAAAGGAGAUUGUGAGCCGCUUUGAGACUCAGGGUAGUGAUAAAGCGGGAUAUCAAAUCCAAACUACUCUUCUUCUUCUUCUUCUUCUUCUUCUUCUUCUUCUUCUUCUUCUUCUUUUUCUUUGAAGGCAGCCUUACUCCAAAUUUUUGCCUGGUUUAAAAAAUAAGCAGCUCCUGUAGUCAUCCUUCAUUUGCUGAUGGCUUCACGGACAUUGAUUAAUUCUCAAAUUGAAGAGGGCACAGCCCCAUUUUGAAGGCAGGAAACUGAGCAAACAAUGCAAAGGAGCUAAUUUGUUUUCGGGGAGGGGGGAGGUCCCAGUCUUGAGACAGCAAGGAGCCAGGCAGGGUGGGGGCUAUGAACUGGAGGAAGGGCAAAGAAGCAGCGGGGCCCUUCCCCAACCUCAGGACUCUGCUGCUGCUGUUGCGGAUCACAUGCACAGAGGCAAACUUGGGAAGCAGCUUGCAACCCUGCUGCUCCCAGAGAGUUUGCCAUAGUGAUGGGAAAAGAUGUGUUCUUAAGUAUGCAGCCCUUCCCUUUGAGCAUCCAGGAUGUCCUUAGCUGGUGAAGAGACUAAGCCAUGAAUGAGGAAGCAGUAACGUGUAAUAGGUAAAUAACAAAGUGACUGUGACUCUGUCUUACAGUAAACGGUCCACUUCCUCUGGCACCACAGACUCCCUGUUAAUCCCCUAGAGGACGUGGCCAUUGUGGGCAUAGCCUCACCCCCCCCCCAGGCUGAGGUGCUCAGUCCUGAAUUCUGCUUUAGCUGAUAGCUUCCCUCCCUCCCUCUCUCUCCUCUGCAGGCAGCCAGUCUUCCAGGAAGUGA